AUGCCGUGGAGGAUGAUGGUGCCACGUGCCAAUCGCAUCUGGCAAUUCUGCUCUGCUGCACCACUUUUCAAAUUCAAACUCAUGCUUCUCCUGCGAAGUGGCAAUCUCCCUCUCCCCUCCAAUAAAACCCUGUGUGAAGGAGGAGACAUAACUGCGCGGCACCCCCCAGAAAAGAAUUCGGGGGAAGAGGUGGCUCAGCUCCUGCCGGGGCCACGCUUUUGGCUCCUUUUCGGCCCCCAGGAUCUCUCCGGCUGUACCGUAGGGGGCGGUGUGGGGCCGGCAUUGUCUCAUUCACUUUUUCCCCCAGUUUUACGCCGGCUGCGUGGGGCUCCCAGACUCCCUCCUUCCCUCGCGCUCUGUAUUCGCAAGUGGGCGCGCGAGGGAGCCGGGAACUUUCCGGAGCCGUCGCAGGGCAAGGAGGGACUCCCGGCCGGUGCUGGAGAGGAAACUGUUGGCGGCGGCGGCGCCUGAGCUCUCCAGGCGGAGCGCUGCCGGUGCUGCUGCGCGCCCCCUUCCUCCUCGUUAGGUGGGGCUCAAGAGGGACCGCCCCUGCCUGGGAGACCUCUCCCUGCCCUCUCCUCGCAAAGCGGAUGCCCUGCCUAGGUGGGGUGGGAAACUUCGGGGAAGUGCCGGAGAUCUCCCCUCCCCACCCACCCCCUUGGCUUCUCUCCCCCCUUCCCUUCCUUCGCCCGCUUUUCCCUUUAAGAGUCUGGCAGCAUCUGGAGAGAGGGAAACCGGCUGUCUGGUUCUUUCUGUGCCUGGCGGGGAUGUUCUUCCAACAGCAGCAGCCAAGGCAGGAAAGGAGGGCUAGGCUAUAGGUCUUUUUCUAACGCUCUCUCUUUCUCUGUCCUCUAGGAUGGCAUGGAUCUAGGCAGCGACCCUUGCAGCAGCCGCUCCAGCUCGGAAUCGAGUUCCAGCAAAGUGACCCCUUGCUCGGAAUGCAAAUCUUCCCCCUCGCCCACCAGCCUGGACUUGGCUGCUUUGGAGGACUCGGAGGAGGAGGAGGAGGAAGACGAGGAAGAGGAGGAGGAGGAAGAAGAGGAGGCGGAGGACUUCCAGGUGUACCAGAGGAAGGUGACUGAUGCGUGGGCGGAGGACAGGGACGAUGCCCGCCGCUGUGCCCGAACCGCCCCUGCCAGGAGGAGUUUAGCGCAAGAGCUGGAGGAGGCGAGGAGCGCCCGCCUCGCCCUCCCCACCAUCACCGCCACCGCCACCCCUGCUAUGCCACCCCCGGCUCCCCACGGCCACCCGGCUCCUCAGCAUCCCCAGCGCCAGCACCGCCAGCCGCACCACCCGCUGGACCUCCGGCACAAUGCCAACGUGGUGCCCUCUAGCCGCAGGACUGGGCACAAAGGGGGCGGCGGCGGCUACGGCAAAGCCUCCCGCAUCCAGAAAGGGCAGCCCGCGGGCGGCAUGGGCAGGCUGAGCAACGGGGGCUCGCUGGUAGCCUUCCACCCCUUGGAGAACUCCUUGGGGGGAGGAGGAGGAGGGGGCACGGCUUGGCAAGAGCAGGAGCCCCCGCUGCCCACCAUGGACUGGGAAGCCCUGGAGAAGCACCUGGCGGGGCUGCAGUUCCAGGAGCAGGAGAUCCGGAGCCAGAAGAGCAACUACACUUCCGUAAGUUGGCGCCCCCCCCUCCUUAUAUCUUCCCGGCUCUGUCUUUGCGGAGAAGAAUGGCAAGGGAAGUGUUAAUUUCAAUGGGAAUUAUUAGUUAGGUCGAGCAGGCGGUGAGUCACUUCCCUCGCUGGGAGAGGGAUGGAUUUGGCUUUUUUCCCCUUCUUUCCCAUAGAAGGCAAUUUGCACACAGUUGCUGCAAAAGGGACAGCUGUGGCUCUCCUGGGUUUGGGAUGCAUGUCCUGGCCCCCUCCUCCCAAAUAUGUCACCACUGGUGCUUGUAGAGAAGCUGCAUGAUGUGUGUGUUGCGCAUGAGAGAGAGAGAGACCAGCUUUCUUACUCAGCUAUUUUAUUUUGGAAGAAGGGCUUGGAAUUGCCUCUUGCCUCUUUGUUCCAGCAAGGGAAGGAGUUGCUUGAGUCUCUGACCUGACCUGGCCGAGAGAAGAUUUAAGGAAUAGGAAGGAGUUAGGCAGGUGACCCUCUGUGUGGCAAGGGGGGGGGGGCUUGGCGCUACUUCCUGUUUCUUAUCAGAAGGACACCUGGCUGCAUUCAGAGACUGCCAGACAGUGUGGGUGGCAUCCAGAGAGAAGGAGAGGAACGAAGAAAAAAAAGGGGGGGUGGAACAUAAGAAGGAACCCUUGCCAAGCUGGUACAUGUCCCAGUGUGGAUUUGCCCCAGUGAGAAGGGUUUGUACUAUUUAGAUGCAUUGUUGUUGUUUCGUUUCCUAUGCUGCCUUUCAAAUAGCAGUAAGUUGCAGUUGUUUGUGGUAUUGGCUGGUUGUUGUCCCCCCCCCCCCCUUUAAGUGCACCUUGGCCUAUUAAGGAUGCUUUGCUGAGUCUAGCUAAUGAAUAUGCUAACAUCACAAUAUGCCUUGGGGUGUGACUUGAGAAUCCAUAGCCUUCUGGAAAUUGGGUGCAAUGCAUUUUGACUUUAGGGCAUGGGCAUAAGUAACUUCAGGGUUAUUGGGAGGGGACAGGGGGUUGCAACGUAAUUGUCUGCUUUCAGUAAGAGGGGGGCACUAAAGAGGGGGUUGUCUUCCUUUCCCCUUAAUAUAAUGGAACUGCUGGGAAAGAUCCCCCCCUCACUGCUCUUAAUAGCUGCUACUUGCUUGUCCUUUUUCUGGAUACCCUGUGUAUUUCUUUUAAUUGGAAGGGGAGGGGGGAGGGAGAAAAUAAUAUCUACUAGAUUCCAGGGGAGAAAACAUGUCCUUUUGGGCUCCUGUGUUGUAUUUUAAAACCUUUUUUUAAAAAGCAGAUCGAGUAUAAAGUCAAAUCAUGCAGCUGUAUAUAUUUGCAUUUGCCACUGUAAUGAUAAAUACUGCGAGGUUUCGAUUCAGCAGUGCUGAUGACACUGCAUUUUAAGUACCUUGUAGUUUUGGAGAUUGCAUGCGCUUUGAGGGAGACUGUUUUGCCUGCAGAGAGAACUGCAGGACUCAAAUGUCUUGCUUUGUUUGCUGCUGGGACAAGAUUUUCCUAUGUUGUUCUGCAAACAGACUACUUCCAACCAACCAAAAAUAUUAUUCAGAUUUGGAGGCUUGGGAAGUCUUUUGGACAGAUGCCAUGUGGCCUGAUCUGGAGUGGUUGAUUUCGUGUUUGAUUCCCCCCACCCCUUCAGCCAGUCUUUAAGUUAAGCAGGUGCUUGAUAAUUGGAAGGGAGGAAUGUAUAAAUUCAUAUUGGCAGCUAUCCUGACUUCGAAUUUGAGUAUCCUGAGUCAGAAUUGGAUGGAUAUCCUGAUUCAGGGUUCCAUCAGCAAAAAGGCCCCACAUUAUCUGUCUAGAAGCAUCAAUUUGUUGUCCUUUUUAUGGAAUCCCUGCAUGUGAACACAUUCACCAAAACAUAUCAGUUUGAGGCUUGUGUUGUAAGGGAGCCAGUGUUAAAAGGGAGGUGCUAAACAAGUUGGUUGAGGGGGGGACGACAAGUCAGGAUAAAUAUUUGAAAGAGAAGCUCCAUGAAAUACCAGCAAGGUUUAACACCCCAAUUAUAUUGUCUUCUCCUGACCUAACUUCCAAGUUUAACUGUGCUUGGUGCUGGCUGAUUCAGAAGUUCAGAAAGUGUUAGGGUGCAGGCAAGUAUAGAUUUCAUGUCGGUGAAUUCUUAUUUGAAAGCACUCCCCACUCUGGCCCCCAAACUGGAGAUAUUGUGGAAAAAAUUAAGUACCUCCAGAGGCAGACUAGACCAGGACUAGACCAACACAUGCGGCCUUUUUUGUGGCCCUCAGCUACAAUUGACACCCCCACAGCCCUUAUGCUGCCCAUGAGUGUAGCCCAUCCCAAAAUUAUUGGAAAGCAUUGAAAGUACUCAAUUAACUGAGGUUCUGCCCCCCCCCCCAGCAGAUGCCUACCCCCCUAUGAAAGCUUGCUCCCUGCAAUGGGGGUAUUUUUACCCAUGAUUUCCCCAAGAAAAUUCAGUAAUUUAGGGCGAUCUCCUAAAAGAAGCUCAACAACUUUGGCUGCCCCCCCCCCAGAAAAAUCCUGGUUACGCCCAUGACGCUGCCUUCCCAAGCCAGGUAAGGCUUUGGGAAGGAGGAGUGAGGGCUCUGACAGGGUCCUAGAUUCCUCUCCUUGCCGAAGCCUAUUUAGCACUUUUCCAGCUUUGGGAAGAUGGUGGAAGAGCUCUAGGACCCAGCCAGAGCCUUAUGCCUCCUUUGCAAAGCCCAGCUCCUCAUGAGGGCUGGGGGGGAUGUCAGAUUUUGGCCUCAUGCCCCCCCCCCCACAAGGCAGUGUGUGCCCCUUGGGUUCUGUGUGGAAGUACUCUUGUGGCCCACUUGGUAUGAGGACCCCUUGGCCUAGACUUGUAGAAGUCAGGAGUGGGCAAUAUUUUUGAGAGCUACAUUCCCUCAGGGUAGGACUGUAUGCUGAUUGUGAGCAGGGCCCAAACCAGCAGUGAGUGGAGCUACUCCUUUCCCCUCUCUCUUUCUGCCACCUCAAUUUGCCUCUCCCCUCCAGGAGAUUGCCAGGGUAGGAGAAAUCACCCUUGCCUUAGGUCUGAAGUGAUUAUUUUUGAAAGUAAGCCAAAGGCGGCAUAAAAUUUGGCCAAGGGCAACAGUCAGCCCUAGGGUUGUGGGUCGCCACCCCCUCUCUGUGGUCAUGCUGCACUUUUUAUCAUGAAAACCCAUUUUAUACUGUCGCCUCUAAUGUGGUAGAAUUGGGGUCAGUUCCUAGCCCCGAAACUAGAAUAUUCAAAGGUUCAUUUGCACAUGCAAAAUUAAGGCAUCGCUUGUUAUCACUCAGUGAGAAGGUGUGAGAUUCCCCUGUUGAAAAGCUUCAGUGGGGGGCGGAAGGAAAGUGCCAUCUGAGGUAGAUCUUCUGUGAUAGUCAUUGAGACGUGCAAUUUCUUUCCUGAUGUUGCAAGCACCAAGGAUAAAUAUGCACAUGUAAACUCACUUGUACAGCACUUCUGGAAGAUGCUCAGCCUCUGAGAUUGCAGAGGAAGGGAUUCAGUAACUUUUGAGGCAGCCUUUAAUUGCCUCAAGAACAGCCGCCUUGCGUACACACCUUAUUGAGAUUCAAGAUAGCACCUGACACUGUGCUUUCCAUCUUCUCUUUACAUGAGAUCAGAUGUAAAGAGACAAGGCCUUUUCGUUGGUAGGGCCAAAAUGGCCUAGUUUGGUGGGAGAAAGAUGUGGUUCCUGGCAAUCCCGAAAUCACUGUAUUAAGAGAAUGUGAUGGUGUGCAACUGGUUUUAGAAUGUUUUAAUUUUAUUGUUAUUGUUGUGUUGGCUGCCUUGGACUCCCUUAGGAAGGAAGGGCAGGAUGUAAAUUGAAAUAAUAACAGUACCUUCCUGUGGAAAUCUGCUGGGCUUCCUCUGUUCUCAUAGAUCUCCUUCCUGAUAGCUCAGCUGGUUAGAGUGUGGUGCUCAAAACACCAAGGUUGCAGGUUUGAUCCCCAUUCCCCCAUAUGGAACAGCUGCAUAUUCCUGCAUUGCAGGGGGUUGCGCUAGAAUAGAUCAUCCACAUGGGCACCACUGAAUAGAAUCUACAAUUCUAUUAUUCUUAUUUCAGCUAGUUGAUUAUUUGCUUUUAUUAAUGUUCAUGGAUUGUUACGCAAAAGGUGAAAUCCUGUGCAUGUCUACUCAGAACUAAACCAAGCUGAAUUUGGUUGGAGUUACUCCUUGCAAAGGCUGCAAUCCUAACCCCAUUUAUUUAGGAUUAAACCCCCUUUCCAAGAAGGAUUAUGUUCUUCAGAAUAAGGCCAAAGGCCCAUCUAGGCCACCUUCCUGUUCUCACAGUGGCUGUCCAGAUGUCUGUGGAAAACUGAGAAGCAGAAUCUUGAGUGCAACAGUCUUCUACUAAGUCUUCUACUUGGGAUGCCCUGCAACUGAUAUUCAUAGACACAUUGCCUCUGUUGGUAGAGGCAGAAUAUAGCCAUUGUGGCUAGUAGCAAUUGACCCGCCAUGAAUUAGCUCAAUCCUGCUUUAAACCAAUCCAUGUUAGUGGCUUUCACUACACCUUAUGACAACGAAUUCCACAGUUUAACUGUGCACUGUGUGAAGAGGUGCUUUGUUUUGUCUGCCCUGAAUCUUUCGGGGGGGGGGGGGGAAUUAACACAUAGAAUCAUGGAAUUGUAGAGUAGCAAUGCAGGAAUCUCAGCUAAAGCACCCAUGACAGAUAGCCAUCCAACCUCUGCUUAAAAACCUCCAAGGAAGGAGAGUCCACGACCUCCUGAGGGAGACUUCUCCAUUGACUCACCGCUCCACAUUUCACAUCAAACUGAUGAAACCUGCAUGAAGCCCAUGGGCAUAGUGGGCGUGGGGGGUUCGGAUGGCACACAAGGAAGUCUCUGGGAACUGUGUUCUGGCUUAGUGCACAGUGAGGAGGGUGGGUGAGAUGACACAUGCCUUUGAUGCUAUCUGACUUAUCACAGCCUGAAGCUCUGUUGCACAUCUUGGGUUGGCUGCUCCUGGAGAAGAGAGUUAGACUUGACCCUUGGUUUGGUUGAGCAUAUUAUUAUUAUUAUUAUUGGCAUCCAUCUGUCUUGGGAGACAUUGGAGUGCACCUCCGGGAGUGAAGUCAAACCACUGUGUUAACAGCACCAAAGCUGUACCAGGAAAUGAUUGAAUGGGUAUAUGCAGCAUAUGGCAGGGCAAUUCAGCAGGUUAACUGGCUUCUAACUAUAUGUGUCCUGAACAUGAACUUGGAACACACAAAGGGACCUCAGCUGAAGAUUGUAAAGGUCCCGUUUCAGGUUAGUUUGGCAGUGUCUAGAAGAAGGACCACACAAGGCAGGUGAGUGACAUAGUUCCUCCCCACACCAGAAGCAUAAUGGUGUAGGAAUGAACCAAGCCAUUCAGUGGUGCCCAUGUGGUUCUUCUCAUAGAUGCUUGCCAGAGCUGCGUAGGAUUAAACAACGGGAUAUCAGCACCCAUGGCAUUUCACAAAUAUGUUAAUUGGGCUGUGGGUUGCCAGCUGGCUGUUUUUGUUGUUGUUUUCACCAGCUGCCCUUGGGACAUGUGGGUUGAGGCAUUAAAGGCUUUUGUUUCUUGUAGUCCAGGAACGUAAAAUGAUGCAAAGCAUUUCCCCCACUCUGAUAACCAGGUGGCAUUUUGGACUGCGUGGCUUCUUGAUACUUCUGAGCUCUGUCACCCGCUUAGGAAACACUGUAGUUUGCAGAUAUGGUCAUCUGAAGGAAUGUGUGGAACUGCAACUGCGCCGAUGAUUUGGUGGUAUAGUGACUGGGUUAAUGCACCCUGUAAAUGCCCCCACCAUUAUCCAGGAGGUGUGAGCUGCGAAGUCCCUGGUUCAGAUUUGUAUCUGUUAGUACUAUGGGCAUCAUAAUACUGGCUGGAGAUAUAGGACUGUUGUAAGGAUCGCUGAGAUAAUGAAUUUGAAGCAAUUUUAAACAAUCAAAAAUGUGCUUACAUAAAUUCCAAGUUGCUGUCAGGUGCUGAAUUCAAAUAAAAUACCAUUCCUUCUAGUUGCAUGCCACUUGUUUGAGAUGUUGACAUGUAAAUUUGAUGCACACCCCUCAAAAUAUGUAAAUAAUAGGAGUACUUAAACCUAGGAUAGACAAUGUGCCACCCUCCAGAUAUUGUUGUACUUCAACUCCCAUCAGUCCUAGCCAGCAUGGUGAAUAGCUAGGGGUGAUGGGUGUCAUAGUCCAAAUCAUCUAGAAGCGAUUCCAUUGGUUACAUCCAACUUAAAUGGAAGAAGUACUGAUUGGAGGCUCAAAAAACAGCAAAUCAAGCAUUCCUCAGAUAUGCCUGUUAUUUCCUCUUAUAUUAUUCAAGUGAAUUGGAUACCCUUCUCUUCCCAGCUCCACUGCCUGUGCUGGAAGGAGAUUACAGUUCUUCAUAUCCUUUUGGCAAGAUUCCUUUUACCACUUUAAUGUGUUUCUCCUGCAACAAUUGUAGCAUCCUGGCUCCAGUCUGGAGCACAAGCAAUUCCUUUUUGUUCAGCUGCAACAUAUAAAUCACCUGGAGGAGGAAUUUAUGAAUGGUAGAUUUGUCAGAAUGGAACAGACUUGUAUUUCUUUUCUGCUUAUACAUGUUUCAGUGUGUGGUGUAAAUAAUUUGAGUUUCUUUAGCCUUCAGUCCUGUACACGCUUACCUGGAAGUAAAUCCUUUUGAACUCAGUGGGGGUUACUUCUGAGUAGGCAUGCACUGGCUUGCAAUGUUGAUUCAAUAAUCAUGUUGGACUGUUGACACAUUGGUUCUAACUGUGUCCAGAACCUUUAACAAGUGUUUAAAUCUGCUUAAACUAGUUCAUUUGAAUCCUUAAGCUGACCUAUAAAACUUCUGGCAUGACCAGUCAUAUUUAUUUGUUAAAUUUGUAUCUCACAUUUCCACUAAAUGGUGCUCAAGAUAGCUUACAAACAAUAGAGCAAAUACAAUAAAAUAAAAUAUAAUCAAAUACAAUAAAACCCUUGGUUUUUUAAGCUGGAAAAAACAUUAAUAAAAGUAACCAACUAAAAGCCUGAUGACAGCCUUACACAAAUGUAUAUAGGAAGAUAUAUAAACAUUCUCUCUCUUUCUCUUUCUCUCUCUCUCUCUCUCUCUCUCUCUCCCUCACACACACACAUAUACAUACAUACAUACAAACACACACACACACAAGUUGUACAUAGAUGCAGAAUUCCAGAAAGUAUGAAGAGAAAAUGCAUAUAAGGCAGAAGGACAUGUACUGAAUGUGUGCUAGAUAGCAAUGGUUACCAUAAGAAUAUUUGCUGGAAUAAAUGAUAACUGACUUUCAGUGCAAUGCAAUCCUUUGUAUGUUUACCAGGUCCAGUAGGGCUGACUCAUAGGGGCAUGUACAUCAGAUUGGAGCCUCUCUGCUACUUCAAAAUGACAAUAGCAUAAAUAAACAGGACUGGCAGCUUACAAUAUACAUGUCAAGUUAAAAAGGAAACUGUAAAUAUUUACAACAGGAAAACUGUAAAUGGCAUAGGAACAGAUGUUGCAGUAUAAGAACUAUCAAGUUCUGCAAUUAGACUAAAAGGUCUGAUGCAUUCUUGGUGCAUAUUGAUUUGAUGCAUUGCACACUUCUCUGAUAGGCUUUGCGCUGCAGCAUGUAUUUCAUUCUGUAAAGAAAAGAUGUAAGAUCUUUGUGCACAGUCAAAUUUAUUUUUAUUUAUUGUAUUGUAUUUAUAUUCCACCUUUCCUUCAAGGAACUCAAGGUGGCGUACAGAGUUCUCCUCCUUCCCAUUUGACGCGGCAGCUAAAAAAGCCAAUGCAAUUCUGGGCCUCAUCAAUAGAAGUAUAGCAUCUAGAUCAAGGGAAGUAAUAGUGCCACUGUAUUCUGCUCUGGUCAGACCUCACCUGGAGUACUGUGUCCAGUUCUGGGCACCACAGUUCAAGAAGGACACUGACAAACUGGAACGUGUCCAGAGGAGGGCAACCAAAAUGGUCAAAGGCCUGGAAACGAUGCCUUAUGAGGAACGGCUAAGGGAGCUGGGCAUGUUUAGCCUGGAGAAGAGGAGGUUAAGGGGUGAUAUGAUAGCCAUGUUCAAAUAUAUAAAAGGAUGUCACAUAGAGGAGGGAGAAAGGUUGUUUUCUGCUGCUCCAGAGAAGCGGACACGGAGCAAUGGAUCCAAACUACAAGAAAGAAGAUUCCACCUAAACAUUAGGAAGAACUUCCUGACAGUAAGAGCUGUUCGACAGUGGAAUUUGCUGCCAAGGAGUGUGGUGGAGUCUCCUUCUUUGGAGGUCUUUAAGCAGAGGCUUGACAACCAUAUGUCAGGAGUGCUCUGAUGGUGUUUCCUGCUUGGCAGGGGGUUGGACUCGAUGGUCCUUGUGGUCUCUUCCAACUCUAUGAUUCUAUGAUUCAUUUUAUAUUUGCAACAACUCUGUGAGGUAGGUUAGGCUGAGAGGCAGAGACUGCCCCAAAGUCACCCAGUGAGCUUCAUGGCUGAGUGGAGAUUUGAAACCUGGCCUCCCAGGUCCUAGUCUGAUACCCUAACCCAGGCAUAGGCAAAGUCCAGCCCUCCAGAUGUUUGGGACUACAAUUCCCAUCAUCCCUGACCACUGGUCCUGACCACUGGACCACUGAUCACUGCACCACAUGACCCUCAACCUAACACAUUUUAUCUUUUGUAUGAUACUCAUUUAUAUUUAUACCUUAUCUUUUAGGAUUACUCCUGACAGAAGUGGCUUACAGAAACUGGGAUGUUAAAACAUUGACUAAUCAAUAAUAAUAAAAAUAAAAUAACACUGUCAUAUAAUGAAAUAAUAUAAAACAUCUCAGUUUAAAUUCAUGCCAGCACAUCUAGAUUAAAACUAAUCAUAACAAGCUCUCAUAAAUAAAAGCAUCUUUAAAACAUGAUUCAAUGUGACUAGGGAAGAGUCUUGCCAGUUUUUCUUCUGGAUAGAGUUUUAAACGAUGCAUCUGUGAACCUCAGCCAAGCACUGGCCGCAUGAGGUUGCUAUUCCAUUUGCUCAUUUCAUGUCUGUCUCACCUUUUGUCCCAGAAUGCAUGCACGGUCCUCCCCCUGCCCCCGUGUCAUUUUAUCUUCAGAACAACACUGUGAGGCAGGUUAGGCAGAGAGAUUGUAGCGAGCUCAAGGUUAGCUACUGAGCUGCGUGGCUGAGUGGGGAUAUGAACCUUGUUUCCUCAGUCUUAGGCCCUUAUCUGCACCAUGCAUUCCAUAAUAUUAUUUGUAUGCCUCCUUUCCAUAGUUCAAACCAUGCUCAAGGCAGCUUACAACAUGAAAAAAGUCACACAGUUACAAGCCUAACAACACAGCAAGGAUAACUAAGGCAUCAAAAAUCACACUACCAAAUUAAAACAAUUUCCACAUCAAAGAACUAAAAGAAAGAUACAAAUAUGUAUAUACAGUGGACGCUCAGGUUGCGAACGUGAUCCGUGCGGGAUGCAUGUUCGCAACCCGCGCCUGCGCAUGCGCGGGUUGUGAGUCAGUGCUUCUGCGCAUGCGCAAAGUGCAAUUUAGCGCUUCUGCGCAUGCGCGACCGCCGAAACCAGGAAAUAACCUGUUCCGGUACUUCCAGGUUUGGGCGGUCCGUAACCCGAAAAAACGCAACCUGAAGCGUCUGUAACCCAAGGUAUGACUGUAUAUCAAAAACACACCACACCCCAGCCCGUCUAUUCAGCAGCUUCAGCUUUUGUAGCUGGAGUCAGUCGGGCGCCAGGCCAGGCCGGGUGUGAAAAGGUCUGCAAGACAGGGAGCAGAUCUUCCAGGACUCACAGCCAAGAAGCACAAUCCCGUUUAAACCGCCACGGUGUCUCCCAAAGAAUCCUGGGAAGUGUAGUUUGUGAAUCGUGCUGAGAGUUGUUAGGAGACCCCUGUUCCCCCCACAGUUCCAAUACUUGGAGUGGCAAUAAUGGGUCACCUGGUGCCACUGUAGCACCAGGUCAUUGACAGGGGGCACCCUUGCUGUCAGGCUUGUCUGUGGAGGGGGGGCAGGCCCUUUAGCGUAUGAGGGGGCCCACCAUAAGUCAUUCUGCCAUUGGCACUUUAAAUCUGAAGCUAGCUUUGAACCCAAGCUAUUGAGGCACUGCCAUUUCCCAAGUAAACUGGAAGAGGAAGUAACCUUUUUAGAAAAUGCAUGAAGAAAAUGCAUAUCUUGGAGAUAGGCAGCAUAGCAUGGUUAAUACUUGGUAGUAAACCUCUAUUGAUCCUACUGUCCAGCUAUCAGAUGUUUCAUGGGAUGAGGUUUAGUGGCUUUGCUGACUGAAAAAUUUUGCAUUUGCAGCAGGUCAGGUGUUACUUCUGGUGAAUUUAAUCAUGGGACUGCUGCUGCCUUCUACUAAAUCUUUGAAAUAAUAGGUUCUGUGCAGGAAGAAGUCUGCUGGCUCAUCAGAAAGUCUACAGUAACCAAAUCUGAGGGAACCGAAUGUCUGCAUGGCUAUGUUAUUGAUCAUUCAUUUCAAUGUUAUGUUAAUUUAACUUGAAUAUUCAUGAGGCAAAGUGGGGGCUUCUGCAUAACCUCUGGGCUGCUCUCAUAAAAAAAAAAGCUUUCCCAGGUCAACAAGGUUUAGAUCUGCUAAUUUGCAGCAACCAUCAUAUUUGCUAUUGAUCUUUGACGCUGUAAAGCCAUCUACCCACUAUUUGAAUUGCAAAAGUUUCCCCUCACCUUUCCUCGUAUUAUAGGCCCAAUCUGCACUGCACAUUUAAAGCACUAUCAUACCACUUUUAAAAAAAUUAUGGAAGCUGUAGUUUGUUAAGGGUGCUAAAAGUCAUUAGGAGACCCGUCUUUCCCUGCCAAAGCUGCAGUUCUCAGAACAGCCAAUCUCUCUCCUCAGCAAAUUCUGAGAAUUGUAGUUUUGUGAAGGGAAGAGGGGUCUCCUAAUGACUUUUAGCACUUGUAACAAACAACAGUUCCCAGGAUUCUUUGAGAGGAGUCAUGAUACUGCUUUAAAUGUAUAGUGUGUAAGGACUAGUAACUUAUUGAAGUGAUCGAAGAGCUUCUGCCCAUGUCAUUCUGCAAAAGUUUGUAUGUGAUAACCUUGUGAGUAGUGCCAGGGAUGCAGCUCCUUCCUACCCAGAUCUUGCACUCUCUACUAAAUAAUAGCUUCGGCCCCUUUCUUUUUACAGAACUGGAGAGAAAUAUGGAUGAAAUACUCGUGGCUGCCCUGUCACUUCUAUUUUGGUCCUUAGAAGUCACUUGACCCCAGAUAGUGUCAAAACACAAACCUUCCAAACAGGUCUUAGGUGCCUAAACAUAAUGGAUAGCUAAUCACUUAUUGAAUAUCAAGUUCAUUUCUGUCAACCCCACCCCAACCUUAUUCCUAAUGGUUCAUGAAAAUGAAGGUGAAGUGGGCGCAAGCUAACAAAAUGAAUUUCAAUAGGGACAAAUGUAAGGUUCUGCACUUAGGCAGGAAGAACCAGAUGCACAAAUAUAGGAUGGGGGACACCUGGCUUACUAGCAGUACAUGUGAAAAGGAUCUAGGGGUCUUGGUGGACCACAAACUUAACAUGAGUCAACAGUGUGAUGCAGCAGCAAAAAAGGCUAGUGCUAUUCUAGGCUGUAGCAACAGAAGUAUAGUGUCCAGAUCAAGGGAAGUAAUUGUACUACUCUAUUCUGCCGUACUCCGACCACACUUGGAAUACUGUGUCCAAUUCUGGGUACCACAAUUUAAGAAGGAUGUUGACAAGUUGGAGUGUGUGCAGAGGAGGGCAACCAAGAUGAUCAGGGGUCUGGAAACUAAGCCUUAUCAGGAGCGCUUGAAGGAGCCAGGUAUGUUUAGCCUGGAAAAGAGGAGACUUGAGAGGAGAUAUGAUAGCCAUCUUCAGAUAUCUUAAGGGCUGUCACAUGGAGGAUGGAGCAUGCUUGUUUUCUCCUGAUCUGGAGGAUAGGACUUGAACCAAUGGCUUCAAGUUGCAAGAAAGGAGAUUCUGACUAAACAUUCAGAAAAAACUUGAACUGUUCAGCAGUGGAACAGACUCCUACAAGAGGUGGUGGACUCUCCUUCCUUGGAGGUUUUUAAACAGAGAUUGGAUGGCCAUCUGUCAUGGAUGCUUUAGCUGAGAUUCCUGCAUUGCAGGGGGUUGGACUAGAUGACCCUUGGGGUCCCUUCCAGCUCUAAGAUUCUAUUAUUCUAUGAUUCUAAGUAAUAGCAAACUGCUGCCAUUAUUUUUUUUUAUCAUCAACUCCACGUUUUUAGCUUGCAUUAGAAAUAAUAGCAAAAAUGUCAUUGCAUGAUUUAUUAUACUUAGUAGCAUGUGUAAUAAGAUCAUCUUGAGUGAAUAGGAAAUAACCCUCUUAUAUUCUCAUCAUCAAUAAUAUUUCUUACAAAAUCAACACUAGCUCUAAUAGGGUUAGCUUCAUUCUUUUCAUCAUUUCUCUGUGACUCAUAAUGAUAAUCAAUAGAUAUAUUUUCAGAAAAUGAUGCAUGUAUGAAAAACUCUGCAGGGACUUGUAAAAAUGAAGAAGUUGGAAUAAUUAUAUGGUCUUUUACUCCAUAUAAGUUUGUGCACAAGUUGCUGUAGCCACAAACUAGGGCAGAGGUGGGCAAAUUGUGGCCUUCCAGGUGAUGUUGGAUUCUGUGUGAACUAAGCACUUAUUAGAAAUGGACGUGCAUGGCCACAUAAGCAUCCUUUGCAAAUUGUGUAUUGACUAUGCAGUGUGGCAGCAAAUCAGUUGACUGCACUUCAUCAUCGCUUGAUAAGUGACAAUUUCAUAUAGUACAUAAUGAAAGAUUGUGUACUGAGGGACGGCUUGAUAAAACUAUUCAAGAUGCAUCUACAAUAAAUGUCAUCUAAAUAUAGUUUGCGAUAGGGAAAACGGUUGCACUUAUCGUUGAAAUAACUGAAAGAAAAGUAGCUGUGCAUUGCAUUAAUACUGGGAGAUAUUUUGCAAGCAAAAUGUGAUUAAUCUUCAGUCUGUUUUCUGAGAGCAGACUGUAAGUAUUUUUUUUACAUCAGGUAAGGGAAACCAGUGACCCCCAAUAUGUUUCUGCUCUCCAGCUCCUGUCAUCCUCAGCCAUCGUGGCCGAUAGUGCAGGGGAGUAGAGAAGAGAUACCUCUGGAAGCUGGAAUGAUAUCAGACAUGCUUGCAUUGAAGGAAUUCUGUCCUCUCUUCUCCCCUCCCCACUAUUCUGGAGGUUCCCCUGAACCCCUGAGCAAGUUGGGGGGAGGAGAGUAGAUGAAAAACCGCAUUGUGUUAGCAGAAGGCCUUCCACUGGCUUCCGUUAGUGGGACUCAUCAGUUGAAUCCUGGAAAAGGUUCAUGCUCUUUGGUCACACAGGUUUUAUUAGGUUUUCAUUGCUGUUGUUGUCUUUAAAUGGCCCAUAAGAAAGAUUCCAAAAAUCCAUAUUAGGACAGUUCCCUUUUUAGGCUGAACAAAAAAAAUCACAAAAUACUGUGCAACCUUCCAAGAACUCUUAAUCAUGAGUGACAAGAAACAGAAUAAUGUGAAUGUAGAACAGGAGAGGAGAAGGAAAAAGGGGAGAGAGAAAUUGUUGACUGAUGUUUCAGUCACUAAGUCUGGCUGUGGUCUUGGUCUUCAGGUGAAUGAUGAGUAGUUGUGCCAGACAUUCAAAUGAGGCUCUUUGGGGUAUCAGUUUGGUUUUUACUGUUUUUUAUAUCGUAUAUGAUAUCAUAAUAUAUCACUUGGAAUGUAUUUUUGGAUAAAAUUAUGGCUUAGUCGUGUACAGAAUAAAUAAUGCAAUUAAUACAUUGGAUUAAGGAAGGAUUUUGCAGGAAUUGUGGGGGGGGGGGUUGUAGGAGGGAUUUUGAGUAAAGGGGUGGAGAAAUAACAUGUAAUGUCCUGGGAGAAAAUUCUAUAACUGUAACAUGAUAAUGAAUUAGAAUACUUUAAGCUGUGAUACAUAGCAGACAGCUAUUGGGUUGCUAUUAUUAUUAUUUUUACUGUUGAAUGAAAAGGGGGUUAUGAAAGGAAAUGGGUUAUGAAAGGAAAGUAGUAACUUUCAGUCUUGCAACAGCAGAAUAGCACAAACACCACCUGCCAUAGUAUAAAAACUGCGCAGUAAAUCCUUUUUAACAAUCAUUUAUAAGCUGGAAGUAGUUUAAUGAAAAUGUAGUUUCAGCGAAGCAUGAAGCGUCUUCCAUAUGUAGCAAUCAUCAUUGAAAAUGCCAGGCCGGUCUUGUAUUGGGAAUAAUUGCAUGUCCGGAGUAAACAGGUUAACUGCUGCUGACAAAGCUUGUAAAUAAUAAAUAUGAUUCACCAUGCCCAAAGUCCUUAGGGUACCUAACACAACAUGAUAAAAUAAAUAUUACAAGCAGGAAAGCAGCAUGGCCCACAUACAGCUGGAGAAAGGUUGUUUUUUUUCCCCCUUCCCCCUUUCAAAACUGCUAAACCACAAAUAAAAGGAUAAUGACAGAUGUUACAUUUUAAGAUGCCUGAUAGAGGCAUUGUGGCCCUGACAUGCAUGCACACUUUUUCUGUCUAGGGUUGAGCUCAGGGGUGGGGAGAUGUUCUGCAGGCUUUUAGGGUGAUUCAUGUAGAACUAAGAUAAAGUUAAAUGUGAGUAAUGCCUAUACCUACAUUGUUCAGCAGGGCUCCCUGACCACAAGAGAUGCUCUCUCUUUUUGCCAAGUUCCAGGUUGCUACAAAAGGGAAGAGGGCACAAGAAGCUUUCCUUCUGCAAAUUUCCUUCUGUUUGUAUCAUAACCCCUAAUUAUUUUGUAUUGAGGUGCAUUCAAUCAUGUCAAACGCUAUCUGUUUUUAAGUAGUACAAGCCAAUCACCGGUUUGUUACCUGAGGGAACAUCAGGCCAGAGUUUUGAAGCAAUCUGGAGUGCUUUUCUUUGCUUAGUUAAGAAAUCUGUUGAAACAGGCUUUAGUCAUCAAAAUACAGAAAGAGGCAGUUGGUCAUACGAACAUAUAUCUUUCUUGUUCUGUGUCUUUGGGUAAUCGCUCCAUCAACCAUAUGUUAAUGCUACUCAUUAAAUGAACUCAAGAAUCACAUGUUCUUUGAAUUCCUGCACUUCCAAGAACCUCUGCUUUAAAGGCAUUCUUUCCCCACUCUUCCCUUGUAAAAUAUAAAAUGUUAUUUAGAGAUGUAGUCAGAAAAGUUAGGAUUAUCAGGGAGCUGUAGUGAAGCAGAACUUUCUGUUUCGCAGUUGUUUUUAAACUGUUCAAUAAAGUUUAUUUUUAAAAAAUAAAGUUGUAAAAAUGAAGCAGAACUUUGUGCCAAAUAAUAACAUUUUAAGAAACUCUGGGUCUGCAUACAGACAACAUUUUGUUCUAGAACCAGUGGACACUGGAUAUGCUCAGGAACCCACCCACCUUCAUUUUAUUCUACAACAACCUUGUAGGGUAGUUUAGGCUGAGAGAUAGUGCCUGGACCAGAUUUUCACACCCGAGUGAACUCUUUGCCAAAGCAGCAUUAUCCAGUAUACCAUACUAGAUCUGAUGUAAUUUAACUGGUCACAACCACACAUUAACAAUCUGAGUGGAAAUUAUUAUCUUCUUUAGUACUUCAUUGAUCAGCCUAGAGGCACAUAUUACAUUGCAUAUGUGCAUCUAUACAUCAAUAUAUGUUUCCGUUCAAUAAAAUGUGGAACUUCCCUUGUGGCAAAUUUAAUGCUUUUUGUUAGCUUUGGUAGACCUGAUGGAAAGCAGCUUUUUGCACUAGAAUUCUGCAAUAUUUGUUAGCUAAAAUUGGUAAAGAUUCCAAAGACCAUUACCUAUGUCAGGAAUACAUAGUAGUAGUAAUAGUAAUAGUAAUAGUAAUAGUAAUAGUAAUAGUAAUGUUCUUCAUCCAAAAAUCUCAGGGCAGUUCACAAGAUUCUCUUUUACAGGUCUCAUGUCUACCUUUCCCCCUUUGGAACUGUAGAAAGAGGAAAAAUGAAAUGGUUUAUAUGUCUUACCUUUAAGAAGGUAUGUUGUGAAUCUUCUUGUCUAGACGUUGCCCUUUUCCUCAUACCAGAGGCAAAAAAUGAACAGCUUCUAAAAAUAAAAUCAGUGGCUUUUAAAACUGUUGUAUCAAAACAAAAGAAGCAAAUUAUGUUGAUGCAUGGUAUUUCAGCAUUUGCUUAAUUGUGGACCAGCAUCUUUAUUUAAUGCAUUUCUGCCACAGGCAGUUGACAAAAGUUAAAGUCUCAAAAUAAAGCAUGAUGAACUUCAGUCUUUUAACCUUUAAACCAGUAGCCCAGUGAUCCAAAUGGAAUAACUGGCAUCAGUUGAGCCUGUGUGAACGGAUUCUUCCACGAACUUGGUUUGACUUUUUGCUACAUUCAAGGGGAGAAACCCCUUUCUUGUGGGGUAGAUUUUAUUCCUGAACUUCAAAGACCUUUGGAUAUGACAGUAAAAUUGAUUCUGUUCACAUUAACUAGAGUUGAGCUAAAUUGUCACAAAGUUUGGUUUUAGACAUGAAAACCUUACUUCUGUGGAGCUGCAUUUUUAUUUUGCUAAUGCCCAGUGCCUCCUUCUUGGGAAGGGGAAAAAAAGUUAUUAUCCAUGUUGAAAGGUUGAUUUAAAUCAGGGGUAGUCUGCAUAAUGCCCUCCAGAAAUCAUUGGACUACAACUUUCAUCAUCCAUGACCAUUGGUCAUGCUAGCUGGGGCUGAUGGGAACUGGAGUUCAAGAGCUAGAGGCUGCCAUGUUGGUUACCCCUCAUUUAAGUGGUUGAAGCCAGUUUUCUGACUACAGUUCCUGUAGCACCCAGAGCUCUAAGAUCUCCAUCAGUGUUGCUGUAUCACAUGUUCUCACGAGUGCUCUCCAAGACUGCACACUUAUUAUAAUUCUGCAGAGUAUCUUCCCCCCUCUUUUCUGCCUUUCUCUAAACUUGCCUGCCUUUGCAGACAAUGUUGGAUCUUUGCUCUGAACACAAUUACUUAAAGAUGUUAUAAUUUGCUCUCCUGAUAUAGUGCGAUGGAAACUAGGUUGCUGCCGCCUCCAAGGUUUUGAUAGUUGGUAGUGAUUUCUAUAAUUAAUGUCACACGACAAUAUCCAUGAUGCAUAUUUAUGCAGCUCUGCGAAUAUUUUUAAUCAGUCAUGAAAAUGUGGUAUGUUAAGUGGUUGCUAUUCACGGAUCCUGAGAAAGACCUGGAUCCUUAGGAUGCAGCAGGUCGAAGACAGCUGGCUGAUUCAUGACUCAGCAGGGCUCAGCCAUCAUUACGUCCCCAACCACAGCCCAGCCAAAGAUAUGCCAAUGUAACUUGCUCAUCCCAACUCAGCUGGGACUCAGGCAGCUGGACCACGGCUGGUAUAAGUCUCCCCACAAGAGACAAUCUGGAAGUGUGGCAGGAGUAGGAGCAGGGGGGGGGGCAGGAUUUAGGCUGGAUCCUGAGCCCAUUCACCUUGGUCAUGUGACCUGGAAACCUGACAUAGAACACUAUUUUAAAGGCUUGUUUUCCUUGUGCCAGGCCUAGGCAACGCAGCAGCCCCACUGCUGAAUGGGGUUUGGAUCUGCUGUAUCUUUUGUGCAAGCUUGCUUUGUCCCAGCUUCUUUUGCAUAGGAUUGCUCCCUAAAAUGGUGUUUUCUGGUUUUAUAAAAACAAACUAUUUAAACUUGCCCUGCUGCGUUAGUGCUUCGCGACAUUUGUUGCUGUAAGCGCUGAGUUACUAUGGAUACAUGGUACUGUUAUGAACUCUUCCUUCUAGAAAAAUGGAAUCGUGCAAAGAUCAGCCACAUGAUACAUCAUUUGAGCAUCUAUCUGGAGUCUUCCAGUAAUUGUGUUUAAAAUUUUGAUCUCCAUAUAAUUUGGUUUAUGCCUUGUAUUAUGAUGAACAUUUCUUCAAUAUAAUUGCUUUUUUAUUAUGAGUGUCAGCUCCAUAAAGACAUUGCAGGUAUAUAUUACUAAUUCUAGACCUGGCUGCCUUGUGAACACCAAACCGAAUGGAACCCAACAGCUAUCUGCAGUGGCCCACCAAGAGGGGCUCAACCUCUUGCUGUUGUGUUUUGGCUGCUUAGCAGGCAUUUGGCUAUUUAUCUACCACUUUUCAUACAAAGGGACACGGGUGGCGCUGUGGGUAAAAGCCUCAGCGCCUAGGACUUGCCGAUCGAAAGGUCGGCGGUUCGAAUCCCCGUGGCGGGGUGCGCUCCUGUCGCUCGGUCCCAGCGCCUGCCAACCUAGCAGUUCGAAAGCACCUUCAGGUGCAAGUAGAUAAAUAGGGACCGCUUACCAGCAGGAAGGUAAACGGCGUUCCGUGUGCUGCGCUGGCUUGCCAGAUGCAGCUUGCCACGCUGGCCACGUGACCCGGAAGUGUCUGCGGACAGCGCUGGCUCCCGGCCUAUAGAGUGAGAUGAGCGCACAACCCUAGAGUCUGGCAAGACUGGCCCGUACGGGCAGGGGUACCUUUACCUUUUACCUUUUUUCAUACAAAAAGCAUCCCAAAGCAACUUCCAGACAUCUCGAAGGCUACAGUGCAUGAUUGCAGACUCGCACUUGGCCUGUCAAGGUGUAUUUUAUGGGAGCCCAGUAAUUAAAAACUACCAUGUAUACUUUUGUAGUGAAGGCUAGGUUUGUUGGCUGGGCUUUCCUAACGUAACUUUCCAGACAUAGAAUCACUGAAUUGUAGAGUUGGAAGGGACCCUGAGGAUCAUCUAGUGAAGUCCAACCCCCCGCAAUGCAGGAAUACAGUGGUACUUUGGGUUAAGUACUUAAUUCGUUCUGGAGGUCCGUUCUUAACCUGAAACUGUUCUUAACCUGAAGCACCACUUUAGCUAAUGGGGCCUCCUGCUGCCGCCACGCUGCCGGAGCACGAUUUCUGUUCUCAUCCUGAAGCAAAGUUCUUAACCUGAAGCACUAUUUCUGGGUUAGCGGAGUCUGUAACCUGAAGCGUAUGUAACCGGAAGUGUAUAUAACCCGAGGUACCACUGUAUGCAGCUGUCCCAUACGAGGAUCGAACAUGCAACCCUGGCAUUAUCAGCACCACGCUCUACCAAGCCAAGCUAUCCAAUACAUGCUUGUGUUGAUAUUUCAGACUGGGAUUCAUAAUUUGGUUGAUUUGGUUUAGGUCAUUUAUAUGCCUCCUUUCCAUAGUGAGCUGUGCCCAGAGUGGCUGAAAACAAACACCCACCUAUUAUGAAAUGCAAAACAUUGGGGGGGGGGGGGGUAGAGAACGGGAGAGAAAGCAGCUUACAAAACAAUUUAGCAAGCGUAGAAUGAAUUCAAUAUUGUAUAAGAAAUAAUCUAGGAUUAAAUCCAAGAAGUACAAGGCAAAAAGAAAGUUGACAUAAUAAGUUCAAGCUGCUGGUGCUGGCAGCCUGGUUUUAAAUACAGAUCAGAGGGGAGUGAUCUUCUCAUCAAGUUAGAUGGCUUGCAGCUGGCUCCCUUGUCUACCCUCCAGCAGCGGUUUUCAACCUGUGGGUCCCCAGAUGUUGUUGAACUACAACUCCCAUCACCCCUAGCUAGCAAGGCCAGAGGUCAGGGAUGAUGGGAGUUGUAGUCCAACAACAUCUGGGGACCCACAGGUUGCGAAAGGCUACCCCAGAGGAUACUAACAGCAUAUAAAGGGAAUUGCUGGCAUGGGCAGUGUUGGCGAGCACUCUAGCUUCAACCUGAUGGAACUUCCAGCUGCUGGUGCAAGUCUUAUUAUAGUUGCCAAACCCUGAGACAGCUGUGUUGGGUUUGGUUGGCAUCCUUCUGUCUUGGGAGACAAUGGAGGAAUUUGCCUUUGGGGGUGAGGUCAAGCUGUUGGAAGGUUGUAGAACCUGCUGUGGCUGUAGAGAUUGAAUCAGGAGAGACAUGUUUUGUUGCAGUUGGGGCAGGUGAAGGCGUCCGGUUGUGCUGCUGCAGAUGCACCAUGGCGUUUGUUGGGUACCUCCUCAGGAAAUAAUGUAAUCCCAUAAUGUGAUGCUAUGGCAAGUCCACAUCUGAAUUUUUGGGUGUUCUAUCAUUCACUAAAGCUGAACAGCUUUUUCAGAAGAAGUAUUUGUUUAUAACCAAGGCAUUUGAUUGUCUAAAGGACACUGUUACUUUUAACUCUGAGGUUGUAGGAUGAGAUAAUGUUUAAAACUGUUUUUUGAAAGUUUAUAAUGGUAACUGUUUUAGAGUCCCUUUUAUGUUUUGUUGUGGAUCUGUUUGCUUCCCUGGUCUCCUUUAGGAGGCAGGAUGGGCUACAGUCGGCUGCAGAGUAUGUCUGCACCAGAAUAUAGUGGCAACUUCUCUUGUCUGGUUCAAUAAAUGUACUCAAAAUUCAAGGGUUAAUGUGUGACAAAAAGAUCUAGCUGGGCACUCACUCUUCUUGGUUUGCACAGACAAUUGCCAGUCAGCAGUCAGACAUGAGUACUUUCACUUCUUAUGUGAAUUGCUUGCAAUGGAGAGAGAGUAGGCUCUCCUCCUAGAUUACCUUCCUGCUCUGGGGUCCUUGCAGUGAUGCAUGCCUAAUUUUAAAUCAGCAGACUGACACUGUACCUCAUCUCUUCUCUUGACGGUAGGGAGAAGAGCAGGGGGUGAAGUCCCUUUGCAAAUUUAUCAUAAGCAGGAAGGUUAGAGUCAAUUUGCAUGCGAUGGUGGCAUGUGACAAAGAUGAUACAUAUAUAUUACUUCCUGAGGUGCGGUGUAUACUGAACUACAAAUCAUCAAUUAUUCUGAAACAUUAUUUGGUGGAUGGUUUUGUCCACUUAUGAUUACUUGGCUAUCAGCAAAGGUGUGAUCAGUCAUCUGAAAUACAUGGUACCUCUAGUUACAGACACUUCAGGUUACAGACUCCGCUGACACAGAAAUAGUACCUCAGGUUAAGAACUUUGCUUCAGGGUGAGAACAGAAAUUGCGUGGCAGCGGGAGGCCCCAUUAGCUUAAGUGGUACCUCAGGUUAAGAACAGUUUCAGGGUAAGAACGGACCUCCAGAACGGAUUAAGUUCUUAACCUGAGGUACCUCUGUAUUUUGUGCGCAGUGUUAAUAUCAUGAUGAGUUUUUGCUUGUUUAUCUUUUAAAAUAAAAAUAAAUAUCCAGGCCUCUUUUACUCCUUCGUGGUACUUUUUCAACCAGGACACUUAAUGAAAACUGUGAGUGACUUGUGACAAGCAUGAGAGCUACAUUGUACAUAUGAGAGCCUAAUGGAGUCCCCAUGGAGGAGACUGUGACAGCCUAGGGAGCUUGUUUACCUGCUAGGAUAGGCUGGCUAUCCCAUGGGGAAUUCCGUAGCACAACCAGUAAUAGCUGAGUUGCUCUCACUGCCAGUUACCUUAUUGGCUAUCAGUUUCAUCAGCUGAUUGGUGGUGUCAGCAAGCCUUGCUUGCAGUGCACAGCAGGGAGCACACUUUAAGAAUAUUGAUGGUACCUGGCAGUUGCACCUCCACCUGCCCUUCACCUGACAUCACAUAGGACUUCAGGUGGGCAUGGCUUGGGGAAAUGGCCUCAUGGGCCAGCCUGACUUAGGACUGUGAGCAGAGUCUACCCUACUCUGAUAUAAACAGUGCUCCUUUUUUUCCUUCAGAAGUAUGUAUAAUACAGGACACGGGUGGCGCUGUGGGUUAAACCACAGAGCCUAGGACUUGCCAAUCAGAAGGUCGGCGGUUCGAAUCCCCGCAACAGGGUGAGCUCCCGUUGCUCGGUCCCUGCUCCUGCCAACCUAGCAGUUUGAAAGCAAGUCAAAGUGCAAGUAGAUGAAUAGGCACCGCUCCAACGGGAAGGUAAACGGCAUUUCUGUGUGCUGCUCUGGUUCGCCAGAAGCGGCUUAGUCAUGCUGGCCACAUGACCCGGAAGCUGUACGUCGGCUCCCUCGGCCAAUAAAGCGAGAUGAGCGCCGCAACCCCAGAGUCGGCCCCGACUGGACCUAAUGGUCAGGGGUCCCUUUGCCUUUACCUUUUAUGUAUAAUACAUACAUUAUUUUAUUUGUAUAUUUGCAACAUGAAAUACCGGUAAGUACAUAAUUACAAACAUAACAAAAGUAGUCAUAAAAAAAUAAAUGAAACAUCAAAAAGCACACUACCAGACAACUUUCCACAUCAACCAUAACAUCUAAAAUAAAGAUACAAAAAAUAAAUAACAGCAACAACCCCCCCCCCCCGAAACAGUACCACAGCCCAAGAGUCUUUUCAGCAGCCUCAGCUUUUGUAGACCGAGUCAGUAAGGGCACUGCCCUCCCAGGCCAGGUGGGGAAAGGCCUGCAAUGCAGGGAGCAGGUAUUCCAGGACUCACAAGUGCCUCCAGCAAGUCUUUGAGCAAGGCAUGAAGGCAAAAGCCUCCCCACCACCACUACUGAAUGUUGCAGCAACUGGUAUUCCUGGGACUGCCUUCUUCCAUAUGUACCUAAUUAAGAAUUUCCGCAGAGGCUUCUGUUCUGGAGCCUCCACCUUCAGAGGUUCAGGUGAUGAGUUUGAGGGUCUUUUUGGUGGUGGCUCCCUGCUUAAUGCCCUCUCCAAGGAAAUGAGGGAGGGGCCCUACGUCAGUGCCAUUUAGGUGCCAGCUUAGGUCUUAUUAAUCAAAGCAUGAAUCUGUAACAGCUGCUUUAUGCAGAACAGAAUAUUGGAGAGUGGCAGGAAAUUACCCAAUAUUACGGGGUCCAGAGAGGAUAAAGAAACAGAGGUUUCUCCACCACCUCUUAUAUGGAACCAUAGUAUCUCGUAGAAUGUACCAUUGUAUUGUGCCCCCCUCAAAAAUGUGUGGGGGGGAGGAGACAGCUGUAGUGGUAAACAAUAAGAUUUUCUAGGUAGAAUGGAGCAGAAGCUGCUUUGCCCUUACUUAAUCUUGGCAAGUAAUCUGGACAGCAGCAGUUGCUUUUAUGGCUGCAUAACUUGGCAUGCUGUAGCUCAGAGAAAUGGAAUGCUGGAAGCUCAGAGCAAUGCCAGAGAAGGGUGAUGAAAAAGCCUUAAAUGGUCCGGUAGUUAGCAAUAGUGGCUAAAGCAGAAUCUGUCCAACACUCCCCCCCCCUCCUGUUUGGACAUAUAAAAUGGCUUGUUUCAGCAGUGCAUCUUGCUCUACAGAGAAUAAAAAUGCUUUUAGUGCAUUAUUAAAAAUUUAGUUUAAACAUGUUUUUAUUUAAUGUAAGUUCUAUAUUGAAUUUAUUAAGCAGGGAGUUAGGGAAUAUCAGAACUGCAUACUUGUGUUUAAUGCAAGGCCAUUCUGAUUUGUUUGGGAGUUUAAAGACAAACCAUCCUUAUCGUUUGCAGUUUCUCUAACUUAGGAGUUUUAAAUUUUGUAUAACUUAGGAGUUUUAUAUUUGUCGAUUUUUCGCACCUAAGAUGUAGAAUGCCUCAUCUCCCCCUCCCUUUAAAUGUUAUCAUUAAGCAUAAUGAUUACAUCUCUUAAAACGAUUGGAUAAUGUCUGGUUUUCGUAGAACACAUUUUUGUUUGUGGGAAUUGGCUGGGCGGGUGACACGUGGCGAAGCAAGUGGGGUUUCUUAAAAUGUGUGUGUUCAAGUACAUUUUCGUACAUCUUGUGCUUGAUCAUUAGCAGCUAAGAGCCUCUGUGCUGCUCUGUGCCAACUGCUACUUCUGCUAAAGAUUCGAAAUACUCCCCACUAGUGACGGAUUAUAAAGGGAUCUCCCUUCAGUUGGUUUUAAUAUUUUUUUUAAUAACAAUUUUGCCUUGCAAAAAGUAGAAGGCUGCUUUUUCUUAUUUUCUUCUUCGGUGUAUCUAGAAAAAGAGAAAUAGAGAGACAGAGACAGAGAGAUGCUAAAUCCCUAAUGAAUGGGAAAUGGAUACUAGUUUCGCAGACUGUACUUAAUGCCUGUUUUGCAUGCUGGUCUGGGGAGCCCAUAGCCACUAGACAGCAUCAGAGAGAAAAUGAAGUCUGUGCAUUCAUACUCUUGCAUUCAGAGACAUGCACAUAUAGACACAUUAUCUUGCAGAUAUUUUUCUGAAAUAUAGUGUUCUUUCGUUUAUCAUCCUUCGUUCAUUCAUAUUAUCUUUUAAAGACAAACCCACCUACAUAUGCAAUUCAGUAUUGUACCUUCUGAGCCACCAGAUGGGGAUGAGGUUUGGGGGGCAUCUUGCUGUGUGUGUGUGUGUGUGUGUGUGUGUACACACUAUUGAGCUGCAAUUGUCUCUAAAUGCAAUACAAGAAAUACAAUUCAGAAAAGGUAUUAAAAAAACAGUUAAAACUAUGAAAUCCGUUUCAGUUGAAAUUUGGUGGUUCUGCUACAGUGAUUCUGAUAAUUUAUUUGGGAGUUGUCUUAGAAGGUAGGGAUGGGGGCCUCUUGGUGGCCUCUUGAAGUUCUGCAGGGUUCCAUUUGCCCCCCCCCCCCCUUCUCUUCAACAUUGUCCUGGUCCUCUCCACACACCAGGUAGUUGACUCUUCAAUGAGAAGAAAAGCGCUUACAGCAGCUUUCACAGUGCUCUGGAUACACAGGCACAUAUGUCUCUAGGCAGCUGUCCACAGUUCUAGGCCCACCUACUUGCCAAACUUAUAUACCCUCCCUUGACGGGUUGUGGGCCUGUAACCUGAGACUUCUGCACUGAAGUUGUAGCUGCUCUUCUCGUUUCCAGCCUCUCCUGCUUCCAGGAGACAUUAGGGUGGGAGUCUACUGACCUGUCUAUUCCAGAACAGCUUCUCCUUCAGCCACAUCCUGUGAACCUUCCUCCUUCUCGGGCUGCCCUGACUCUCCCCCUCCCCUGGCUCCUACCUUGUGGGUGGUGCCCAUCUCCAUAGACCACUGGUCCUUGCUCCUGGGUCACUCUUCUGGUCCCCUGCCUCCUCCACACAGUGGAGUCCUGCCAGUCCCUGAGAAACAUUGACAUAAAGCAGCUGAAAGUGGUUCCUCAGCAACCUGGGAUGUGGUCAUGUCCUCCAUAUGCUGGUGUAUGUUCAGGUUGAGGUGCACGUUCUGUUCAUGCACUCUUCGAUUUAGGUUUCACUGUGGUUUGGGGUUUUGUUUUGAUUUUGUCUGGUUGUUUUCAAUCUGGUACUGUGGAGUUUGUUGACUCCCCUGAAGGUCCCAGAUGUGAAACGUGGAAUAGAUACAUAUUUAUAUUAAAAUCAUCAUCAACAUCACAAGUCAAUUUUGAGCAUGAAACAGAUUUCAAGAAGAAGCAUCUGCUCCUUUGACCCAGUUAGAAAAAUAGCAGCAUGGAAUGUCCUUAUCUCUCUUUCCAUGUGUGUUCCUUUUGAGUGAGCUGAUAGGUAAAGUGCUUCCCCCACUGUGGUUGGCUGUUGUGUCUGGCUCCAUCCUAGCAACAGGGACCACAGAGUUCAGCUUCUGGCACAAUCACCUAGAGGAAAACCCAAUGAGAUGGGUUUCAUUAAUGUCCCUUAAAAAUGCCACUUUGGGGUGGAUAACUGGACCGGCAACAGGAUUAGAAUACUGCAGUGAGUGUAACUUUUCCAAAACUCAUCAAAGCUAUAGCCCCCUUCAUAUGUUAAUUGCAAUUACCCAUGCAGAUAGAUGCUUCCGCUCAGUUGCUGGAGAGCAGGGCCACAUUGCUACCCUACCCAGUGGACUCCCAGAGCCUGUUUACAUGGGAGCAUGUAAGCUUAGAUAGUGCAGUUGCUAGCUCCAACAUGUAGACAAUACAGGAGCUGCUACUAGGGGUCCAAAACCACAGUCUUCUUCCAGUCUAACUGCAUGAAGACCCCUUCAUGAAAUUUUUUUGCAUAAAAGAAGCUUAUGUUUGUUUCCAUAUUCUUUAAUCCCAGUUAUUUAAGGGCACCGUCCUAAUACUAGAUUCACAAGAAUGAGUGAGGUUAGGAUCCAGCAGCUACGCCAACCUCACUCCACUUGGGUGCCAAUAGCAGCAUCCAUUAUUUCAAUGCAGAUAAGAGAAGCAAAUUAGAGCAACUAUUUUGGCACCAAGAAAUGUUUUGGCUUCUAAAAAUAGGGUUAAGUGGGAAGAAAUCUUUUAGAUGAAAUAACUGGCAGAGGAAAACAAGACGUCACUGCCUGGUCAUGUCUAGUACCUGCUUGUCAGAGCAUGAACAACAAAUACAGACACACACACUUGUUUGUUCUAUGAUAUAAGGGGCAAGGCUGAGACUCACCCUUGCUGCUUCCUGCUGGUUUUUAGUUUUAUUCAUCUAACCGCUUAGUUGGCCUGUCUUUCCAAAACUACAGGGAUGUUUAUUUUCACGAUAUUGUGAAUUUCAUUUCAUUUCCGGAACAUUAGUCUGUGAAUUAUCCCAAAGAGUCUCAGUAAUGCAUGCAUUGUUCAUUUGCUGUUUUCGCACAGCUGUUGUCUUCCUGGCUUCUUCAAGCCAUUCAACAAUUUCCACUGUAAGCUGUGCUGGAAAAAAAGUAUUGGUUGAUUUUGCUCCAGAACUCUGGGUCGUAUCCAGUUAUGCUCAGGAGUAGACUCACUGAAAUUAAUGGACCUAACUUAAUCGAGUCCAUUAUUUUCAGCAAGUCUACUCUGAGUAGGAAGAACAUCGGAUACACAACCUUUUGCUCGUACAAAACAUUCAGUAAAUGGUAGCAUGUUUUUACAUACAAAGUCACGUAAAGAAUUUGGCUUUCAGCUGGAUUGGAAAACCUAACAUGGCAGCUCACCAUCCUCAAUAUAGAUAGACUUUCUUCUAUAACCACUGCAUGCGCAAGUGGUUUCUCUGAACAGCCCAGAAAGCCUGCCACCAUCUUUUGUAGCUAGGCAGUUAUCUGCGAAAACAGUAUGUUGAAGGAAGUUUUACACAAUUAUGGGGGGGGGGGGGGGAGGUUAGUUCAAAAACAUCCAGAAAUUUCAUCCCUGCCGUUUAUCUCCUAUGAUUAGAAUUGACCAUUAGCAUUAUCGCAGAAGUUGCUUUUGUGAAUGAGCUGCUGCUUUCAUAUGUUUGGUGCAUCUGGUUUCUGCAUAGAAACAUCACAAGACCAUCAUGUUCCAUGGCCCUUUGCCCCCACUGUUCCCAGUAUUUCCCUAUGUGUGUACAUGAAUUUUAGUCCUUAGGGAGCCAAUAGACUCUUUGAAGCAAAAAACAAACAAACUAAUGCAGCUAUCCCUCUGGAACUUAUCAGUUUCCGUUCGCAGUAGAGUUUUAAGUGGCUUAAAGAUUCAGAAAUGUAUUAACAUAAAUAAAUAAAUAAAUUACUCAAGUUCAUUCGGUACAAGUUACAUUCAACAAGUGCGCCAUCUGUGCGCACACAUGUUUGAGCUGUUACAGUUAUUCACAUGUAAUGUUCAGUGAGUGUACAGUCUGUGUACUAGGCCCGGGCGAAGUAUCUAUGGUAUGAGGGCCAGACCCCUGCAAAGAGCCCCAAGGUCUCUGCUGCUUGUUCAUGAGCAGGGAUGGGAUACCGAGGUGGGGGGUGGGAGCCUUCCCACCCCCAAGCAGAGCAGUGCAAACAAGCUGAGUUAUCGCCUCGCAAGCUGGGGCCAAUGCAGCUUCUUGUUUCAACAUCGUGUAGUGUCGCCAGAUCACAGUGUUUGGCUGGUGAGACAUCUUGACGUUGAGAACCUGACGAGUUUGGGAAACCCUGUUCUAAAUGCUGGCAAGGUGCUCUGCUAGCUCUAAAGCAAGGUGAUGUCCCUUGCUCCUCUGUAACAUUAGAUGGGAGAAAGGAAACAAAGGUUUGAUGUAUACAUACAAGGCAUUUAGUCAUGUAAAGCUCGUAUGCUUAUCAAACUAGGAUAAAUCGAUAUUAAGUUUAAUUGUUCUUUUCCUUAGGAAAGAAGCAGCUUAAACGCUGUUUCUUUCUUUCCACCUGCUUCAGCACUGUAUUUUAUCGCUGUGUCAUAGGGACCUCUAGUGAUUAAAAUUGCAUUACAUCCUUUGAUCUUGGAGGCGAUAUUUACAUGUUUACCUUCAUGCUGACCAUAUACAGUUGCAAGCCUAUUUUAUGCAGCUGCAUGAACAUAGGAGAAUAAAUUAUGGUUCAACGUAUUGACUUUAUUAUGUUGAGUUAGUAUGUGGAGAUUUCCCUUUUUCUUCCAUUAGUUCCAUACAGGCUCGCUCUGGGAGCUCUGGUACUAUCCAGCUGAUCCAUCCACUUAAUGAAUUUGCUUUAGUUCUUUUAUUUUUAACCAGAUGGGAGAUAAUCAGUGUAUUUCUUAGGGAUUUGGAAAUGAGAUGCACAUAGCCACCAAAGAGGAAGAAAAAUCAUUUGUUCUGCUAUUGCAGUGUUUCCCAAACUUGGGUCUCCAGCUGUUUUUGCACUAUAAUUCCCAUCAUCCUUGACCACUGGUCCUGCUUGCUAGGGAUGAUGGGAGUUGUAGUCCAGAAACAGCAGGAGACGCAAGUUUGGAAAACACUAUGCUAUUGUGUUUCCCAUGGAGACUCAUAGAUGUUGAGUAGUCAGCAGGAGUACACUCAGCAUGCUGGUGCCCUUCCUUACUUUAGGCACUGUACAUGUACUUUGAUUGCCUUUUCUUUUAAUUGGGAUUGGGGUGAACAGUCAUUGGGGUGACUGUUACACGUCACCCCAAUCUCCAUAGCAAUGCGAGAUUCCAGGUGCACACACAGAGUUUGAGUUUCCUUUUGGACAAUGAGGCACGGCGGAGACUGUGGUGUCUUUAUGAUACAUGACUUAUUUACACAUAUAUACAACCUGAGCCUACACUGGAGGGGUUCACAGCAUUCACACCCCCAAGAGAUUCUGGCUUCUCACAUAGACACAGCAGACAUGGACUUAAGCAGACCUCAACCCCUGCUCUCAAACAUUGCUCUCUGACUCUUCUCUCUAGCCUGCAGCUUUCUACCUCCAUUGCAUAACUCCAUUCCUAAAAAUCAUAAUCUAAAACGCUGGCAUGGUCUUUUAAACUACCUCUCAGUUGAGGGAGGGAGGAAGGGAGCCCACACGUUUGAUCCUUUGUCAUCCUAAUCACUUGUUGUGGUUCGAGGACCCGACCCCCGCGAUGUGAAAUGAAUACACAAGGACACGUGAUAUAAGGUUAAUGGGCAUGGAAAGGCCACAACUUUAUUGAUUACAGCAGUGAAAAGGUAUUGGCUUAGGCAUUGGAUCUCUAAAACACGUGGGUUUAUUCACCAGUAGGUGGAGCCUGUUGAUGCUAAUCCAACUAUAGGCUCCCCCCUGAUGUCACCGAGGGUCGUGCCAUGGCCUCCCGCCAAGCAGGCAUCGGACAGAACACACGACCGCCAGAUUCCUUUAAUGGAAUACCCAAAAUUGAAGGCAUAGGCGAUGGCCACACCUAGCCCUUCGACACACCACAACACAUUAUUCCAAUGCCUAACCUACCCACCAAUACCCCAAAAGUUGUGACGAUUGCUACGAGGUAGGCGAGCCAAAUGGAAAAACUCCUACCAGGCCCCCUGGACAACCAGGGCGACCAACCUAAGGUCCAUAGCAAGGCCAAUGACCUAAGCCCUAACUCUAAGGGAGUGGAGGGUGGGUGACUCGCGACGAGACGACGGCGAAGAAUGAGGCCAGGGAGAGGCUGGCACCGCAGCAUAAGGCUGCUGAACACGCCCCCUCCGAGGCACCUGGUUGGAUGCCUGCAGAGGGGGCGUGGGCGCCAGCCAGGUGAGGUGGAGGCAGGGGGCAACCGCCCCCUGCUAGGGGCGGUGCUCGGGCUCCCACCCACAACCACUCCCCUCUCUUCCAGGGAGGAGAGUCUUUACCGCCAGCCAGCCUAAGCCAAGCUAGUCCUGGUUUAAUUAGCUUUUGACAAAUGUUGAUUCCAGAGGGUUAGAAGCAUCUAGUGCACAUCUCAAAUACACACAUGGUUCUAGCAGCCAGUUUUAACACAUAAGCCUUAAUUAAAUUCUAACACUUACUAAACCCAGUAAUUUAGGGCGUCUGGCACCCACAAACUCAAAACAAGAUGAUUGUAUGGCUCACAGGCAGACAGUCUGCAGCAUGUGUGCCAGAAGUGGCAGCAGAAGCAUGGUUUGCAGCACACCUGGUCCGGAGCAGGAGGAUCUGCUACAACAUACCAACACUUCAUAUAUGUAUGUAUCUCUCCUUCCCUCCCCUUCACACUUCAUGCUUAGAUCCUGCAUUCACUUCUAUGUAGAGGAGAGGAACAUUGAGAAGAACCACAUCAGCCCAAGGCCACACACAGCCCAAGGCUCCCUCCAAUCUGACCUUCCCACUUUGAGCAGGAAGGUCUGAGGCAGAAUUCCAAGAACAUUUGUCUGAUUGUGCUUGGAAUCUCUCCAUUCAGGCCUUCAUGCUCAAUGUGCAAAGAUUGGGGUAGAGAAUAUGGGGGUGGCAUGUUGUUGGGGGCAAGGCUACAUAUAUGACCCCAUACCCUCUACAAAAGUAGGACUGUGUAUGCUUGCAGAAGCGAGGGUAAUUAAGUCUCUACUAUAGAACCUAUGCCUGAAUAAUUGAAUCUUUGGCAACCUGCUGGCCCUGUCCUCACCAUUGCACACUCUCCCUACAGUCUUGUGUUUGCAAUGGACAUGAGCUUGGGAUCUCGAUCACGGACUGCAUAUUUAGCCCCUCCUGCAUAUAUGCCCCUGUGAAAAUGUUUUGCGUAAAUGCACAAAUGUUAGUUGCAAUGCCGGUGGAUCAGGAGGUAUGGCCCAUAGCUGUCAACGUUUCCCUUUUUUAAAGGGAAAUUCCCUUAUUCCGAAUAGGAUUCCCUGCAAGAAAAGGGGAAGGUUGACAGCUAUGGUGCAGCCAUUGGUGCAGACCUGCUUCCUCUUGUCCAUGGAUAGGUGUUGCACAAUAUAUGGAUCAUUAAUGAAGGCUUAUAGCGAUGACUUAACAUGUUGUCAUGGUUUGGUGUAGGUUUAGUCUAGUCUCUCUAAAACUGAGGGUGAAAAGCAUGUCCUCGUCUCAGGAUAGCCAUCCAACAACUCUGUGAUCUUGGCCUUUGGGUUUACUCAUUUCCCACAAGGGAACUGACACAGAGGCAGUGAAUUACUCAAGGCUGUAGGCAGGAGAUCUGGUGCUUUAGCUGAUGUGACUCAAACAGAAGCUUGCUUCGGAAGAGGCAAAUUAGCAUUCUUGGAAAUGUUGACUCAAAUUGUUUUACACUUGCUUUUCAAAUAACAUGCUCACCUUUGCAGGUUUUACGAUGUUCCGGGGCGGGGCAGGGCGGGGGGGGGGAGAGGCCAAGAGUCUAAGAGCUACCGUUUCCCUGCCAUCAAUGGGUACCUUGUCUGAUCUUAAGUGGGUACCUUGUAUAGAGAAGUUGUUAAUGUUUGAUGUCUUACUGUGUUUUAAUUAGUUGGAAGCUUUCCAGAGUGGCUGGGGUAACCCAGUCAGAUGGGCAGCAUAUAAAUAAAUCAUCAUCAUUCUUGUUCCAUGUGGUUCCUCUCCAGAAUAAUGGUGCAGUGGUGUUGGAGAACAACUUCUGCUCCACCAUUGCUGGAGUUUUAGCACAGACACAGAAGGAGCAUGUAAAAUGUAGAAGCAGUAUUUGGCAGCUUCUGUUAUGGAAAUGAAGCAGAUAAAACAGCACUUUGAGACUUCUGCAAACACUACCUGCAUCUCUUGAGUGCAAUGAGAAACAUUUACUGGGUUCUACCAAAUGAUGUGUAAUAAACGAAAAUCUGCCUUUAUUCCCUUAUGGGGGACACAAGAGCCCUUAUAGAGUCCUUUGUGGGUUCUCCAUCGGUUGGAGAAAAGAACAGAGGUCAACCAGAGAAUAUUGAAAAGCAAAGCAGCUAGUAAGCCUGAUCUUUAUUGAACUGUUGCAACAGGGUGCCCCCUUCACACGCAGGAGAAGGAGGAGCACCCAGAACCCAGGUGUGCCUGCCCUUAUAUAGACAUUUUAAAUUGCUCCCCCUGGAGUCCACCCCCAGAAAAAUCAUACAUACGUCGCAGAAGGGGUGUAGCUCAAGACCAUCCCCAGACGCUUCAUACCUACAUCACUGAAAGGGCAGUCUACAGCAGAAAUCUGAGUGUGUUGUUUAUCUCCUGUCUGGCAGGUUACCUGUUAAUGCUUAUUUGAUUGGAUACCCUGGGGAGCCUGGCCAGUCUUUUGUAAUAAUAAAUACUUAGUUCCUGAGCCAGGUCAUGGGCUCACCCUAUUCAUACACAGAUGUACCCUUAAGACAGGAUUUGUGAAGGAAAAGACAAUGGGGAGGCUUUUCCAUUUUCUUUUGACUUUGCAGAGAAAACAUUUGGUCAGUUUGGGAGCCAAAAUAGCUUCAUGGCUGUUUUCCUGUGCUGCUUCAGACAUGUGGUUUAUAUAUUUGUGCAUGUGUUUGCUUGGUGCAUUUAUGAACCUUUAAUAUAUAUAUAUAUAUAUAUAUAUAUAUAUAUAUAUAUAUAUAUGACCUUGAUUUAUUUAUUUCAGAUGGUUCCCCAAAUAAACAGCAGACAAAAGAAGUUCAUAGAAGGGAGCGGAGACAAAUAUAUUCAAUAACAAGCCCAGUGUGUUUGGGGCUUCGUCAGGGGAAUGCUGUAGUUAGAAGCAUGCAAGGUUGGCAACAAGGGAAUGAAAUGAGAAAACAUGUUAUGCUCCACACUGGAAUGUCAUUUGUUGUCAGGUUCACGCUUGUGUAAAUCCUUGAAGCAAUCUACUUAUUUUUGUUUUGCAGACAAGAUAGUGAUUUUUCCAGGCAUUCAAAACAGCUUUAUGUGGAUUACGGUAAACCCCUUGGAUAAGUAUCUAAUACCUUAGUGAUUCAUAUACUUCUAGUUAGGAGAACAAGACUGUUAUCCGUCAAGAUUCAUGUUUUGUUGUUCCUUACAGAAUACAUUUUAUAUUUAUUUUGCCCAGAAUAUGGGCAGAUAAUAAAUGACCUGCAGGUCACAUUCAAUUGCAUGGUCUUUGUUUCAUAUUUUUUUAAAUGACAGGUUUCUAAUUCUCAGUCUGGCACAGGGGGAAAAAACUUGUUCAGUUUUGUUUUAGUUCUACCCUUCCUUCAAAGUCAGGGUUUCAUGUUCAACAUCUCAUUUGGGUCUCACAACAUUUCUGUAAGGAAAAUUAGGCUGUGGGCUAGCCAUUGGCUAAAGGUUACCAAUUUUAAUGCUAAAGCAUUACCAGGAACAUGCAGGGCUUUUUUUUUCAGCUGGAACACACCCAAACUCUCAUGUGAGUUCUGGCACCUCCUAGGUUGGCACCAUUGCCAUUCUAAGAGAAAGAGGGAGGUGUUCCAGCAGUGGUUACACUCAAAACACUUUAAAAUACUUCAGCAUUAUUUAAAAAAAACCAAUAUGAAGAUAUACUUUGACCGUCAGCCUUAUGACUAAAGCAUGAGUAAAAGAACAGUAUUUUUCCCCCUUACUGUUCUCUACAUACAUUUCCAAGUUCCUUGAAAGCUAGCACUGCCUCUUCUUUAAAUAGCUUUCCCCUGGCGUUUGUGCAAACUCUAGCCUCUGGCAGUGAAAAAAAGUAUGACUAAUUAUGGGCAGGUAUGCAUAGCAAAAUGUAAUAUGUCAUUUGUGUGAGUAAGGGCUGGGUGGAUAUAACUGUCUCAUAAAUGGCCAGCCAGUGACUAAUCUCUAUUACUUGUUAUUACAAUAUAAGAGAGAUUGGAGUGUAGAUUUCUGCUUUAAUCAGAAAAUAAAGCUGCAACUGGGAGCCUGUGGCCCUCCAGCUGAUGGAGGACUCCCACUCUUAUCAGCCCCAGCCAGUACGCUCAAUGGUCAGAGAUGAUGGGAGUUGCAGUCUGAGAGCAUUUAGAGGCUCCCCAUUCCUGGAAUGAAAUGUGGGUGUGUGGUAAAAUGGCCUGAGGCCAGUUGCAGAACGGUGCCAACCACAUUGAGCUUAAGCACAUAAUGAUUAUAAGCUUGAAGAAUAUCUGUGAGCUUCUAAAGGGUGUGUGGAACCUCGGAUCAAUAUUCUUGUAGUGCCAUGCCUUCUCAGCAGGAAACCUGGCCACAGUAUCUCUCUCAUGUGAUUGAUUUAUGUGCUUGCUUCAUGUAUAUACCACCUUCCUACCUGAGCACCCAAGGCAGUUGGCAGUUUAAAAUUGCGUACAAGAUACACGUACAAGGGGGAGGAAAGAAGAAUAAGCAAAAUUAAGGUGCCAGCUCACAUUACUGUUGUAGGCAUCCAUCUGUCUCAAGAGCGGGACUGCGGGGUCGAAGUCAAACCACUGCAUUAGCAGCACUCAAGUGACCUUCCCUUGCCACAAGCCUGGGCAGGGUGUAUGGAGGUCCUGGGUGCCCAGAUGACAAGACCCCCUCAUGCCCUUGCUGAUGUAGUCCAAAGGAAAGCAGAGAAGUACGUUUGGCACUAGCCUGACUGCAUGAGUUGCCAGAAGGAGGUGUACAAGACGUCAUCCAGCUGUCUCAGAGACUCCACUCUGGAUUUGUGUAGGGUUUACACCCUAGCCCAGGCACAGGCAAACUCGGCCCUCUAGAUGUUUUGGGACUACAACUCCCACCAUCCCUAGCUAACAGGACCAGUGGUCAGGGAUGAUGGGAACUGUAGUCUCAAAACAUCUGGAGGGCUGAGUUUGCCUAUGCCUGCCUUAGCCUUUUCUUCUCCUGAAGAUAUCCCACAAGGCAGUGGAGGUUUAGGAUCAGAGUUUUCCUUUUCCUAGAUGGGCUACCUUCCCAUAUUGAUGAGCCCAUCUGCCCCUCACUUCCCUUUAUAGCAUGUGCAGAAACUACCUUAUUGACCUUUGAACCCAAUAUGUGUCUCGUCCACUAAUAACAACAACAAUAAAGAUAAAGGUAAAGGACCCCUGGACGGUUAAGUCCAGUCAAAGGCAACUAUGGGGUUGUGGCACUCAUCUCACUUUCAGGCCGAGGGAGCCAGUGUUUGUCCACAGACAGCUUUCCGGGUCAUGUGGCCAGCAUGACUACACCGCUUCUGGCACAAUGGAACACCGUGACGGAAGCCAGAGCGCACAGAAAUGCCGUUUACCUUCCUGCCACAGCAGUACCUAUUUAUCUACUUGCACUAGUGUGCUUUCAAACUGCUAGGUUGGCAGGAGCUGGGACAGAGCAACGGGGUCUCACCCCGGCACGCGGAUUGAAACCGCCGACCUUCUGAUCAGCGAGCCCAAGAGGCUCAGUGGUUUAGACCACAGCAGCAGUAGUAGUAAUUGUUGUUGUUGUUGUUGUUGUUGUUGUUAUAUCUCUUAAUGCCAAAAUAGGCUUCUAAGCAGUUUUAAAAGUAUAAAAAACAUUUAAAGCAGGAGGUUCAGGUCAAGAGUUCAAUAGAAUACCCAGGUAAAGAGGUGUGUCUUAAGUUAUCUACAGAGUUAUGUAAUAAAACAGCUGGAAUACGUUUGUGGAGCGGAGGAACCAAAUGGGGGUUUGUCCCAGUCAAGUUGUUGGAGAGGGCCUCACAACCUCGCUUUUUUCUCUCCGAUGCCAUCAGAUGGAAAGGCUGAUGAUGGAUGGUCUGAGCCAAUGGAGCAGUUACUGCUUCAUAAGGGAAGAGUCUCCAUACUACAAGCUGUACUGAAUUUUAAAGCAUGACGUCCGGAGUAGAAUGUGCAGUACAAGGGUCCUAAGUUAACAGGAGCACAUACACCUGGAAUUACAUGUUUGCUAGGCCCUGGAGAAAAAAUACAGCAAUGCUAUGCAUUAUCCACCAGUGUGGUCACUGUUUGUCUUUUAGAUAUGGAAUCAAUAUGUCCAUAAAUAUAAAUAUUACUUAAUGCAAUGUACUAGGCCAAGGAACUUCCACGAUUGCUGGUGUCUCAGCACUGGUUCCUGACAUCAGAACAAGGGAGCAGAGUGUUCCUUCGAUACAGCAGUGAAAUGUUUUUAACCCCAAGGCUGCCUUCCCUUCCGGGCAAUGCGAUGGAUGGGGCCUGAGGCAAAAGGAGGUGAGGUAAUGCACAUAAAUUCUACAUUUUUGCAGUAGGCUAGUUUAUAAACACCCCUCAAUAUCCUCUAUCCGGGCAAGCAAGAUUUAUGUUCAGAGUUCAAUGACACAUUCCAGCCAGGCAAAACCACUAAAGAAUGUGACACAGGGCCAGUGUGGGCCUGGGGAAAGAUAAUGGGGCUGGGGAGGACAUGUGGCCUGGGGAGAGUCCCAUGGGGCAGUUGGAGAGGCAUGGAGACCCACAUUGGGCCCCCAGGCCUGAGGUUCGCCAACCCUGGUCCAAACCCUCCAAGUGUCCCUCUUUUCCGGGGACAGUCCUGGAUUUACAGAAGCCAUCCCAGUUUCUGAUUUGAUCCCAGAAUGUCCUGCUUCUCCUUAGGAUGCCCCUAUUUUCAUUGGAUAAAUGGAGGGUACGGAGUUAUGUGACCCUCAAGCUGAGGAGAUAAGUAGCUAUACAACUCUUGGAAGGCAUUUGAACGCAGCCCUGUGUAGGGAAGUUUUGAAAUGUUUAAUGUUUCAUUAUGUUUUUAUAUAUAUUGGAACCCGCCCAGAAUUGAUUGGGCAUCCCAGGCAGAUGGGUAUGGUAUAAAUAAAUAAAUUAUUAUUAUUAUUAUUAUUAAUUGAAUAGGACAUUCCUAUUUUCAUUAGAGAAAUGUUGGAGGGUGUGCUGGUCUCUAUAUAAUCUGCUACCUCUCCUGGCUACUUAUGCCAACAAAAAUUAAAUGAAUGUUUCUGGUACUAAACAAAGGUAGAAGACAUCUGAAAUUGCAUUACUGUAGCUGCAUUUAUCAGUAACUUUUGUGCUCAAACGGAUGAACCCGUUAUUAAUUUCCUGAUUUGUGCCUUGGUAGACAUAUCUUUUUCACUCAGGUAUUCCUAAUUAGUUGCAGUGGGAAAGUGAUCCUGAUGCGUAGGUCACAGGCCUUCAGUUUCCAAGCGAGUCUCCACUGGAUUUCAUUCCACAGUAAUGGAAGGUUAAGUUCCGAUAUGCUGCAUGUGUUAUGCCACUGCUACCUAGAUAAUAUUUUAAAGGGAACUAAUUUCUCUAGAGGCCUCCCUUGUGUGGAGUUAUUCCUACAGGCAUUUAAUAAUUGCUGCAUGUUAGCUGCAUUCACUAAAGCCAUAUCCCUUCUUUCCCCUCUCAGCUGCUUAGAGGAUUAAGAGUUUCCAAGCCAUAGAAAUACCUGAAAUACCAGGAUAGGGUGUAACAGAGCCUGCAGGGCUGUGAAACAUUCCAGCAGGCUUGGUGAAUUCAAAGCAUGUGUGAAUUUAAGCAAUGAGAGAGUGUUUGUUUUUGCUCUCAGCACAUCCUGGCUCAGGGAGGAAGAGAUAAGAAUAUAUUAGUGGAGGUUUUUAAGGAAGGUUGGCUUGAGUUCGCAAUCUUCUUUUCCUUUAAAGCGUUUAUAUCCCACCUUACCGUAAAAGGACAUGGUAACUGGGAAAAAGAAAAGAAAACAGCUAGGAAAGAUAAAGGUAAAGGUACCCCUGACCGUUAGGUCCAGUCGCAGACAACUCUGGGGUUGCACGCUCAUCUCACUCUGUAGGCCAAGAGAGCCGGUGUUUGUCCGCAGACAGCUUCCGGGUCAUGUGGCAGCAUGACUAAGCCACUUCUGGCAAACCAGAGCAGCCCACGGAAACACCCUUUACCUUCCCGCCGGAGUGGUACCUAUUUAUCUACUUGCAUUUGACAUGCUUUCGAACUGCUAGGUGGGCAGGAGCUGGGACCAAACAACGGGAGCUCACCCUGUCGCAGGGAUUCGAACCGCCGACCUUCUGAUCGGCAAGCCCUGGGCUCUGUGGUUUAGACCACAGCGCCACCCACGUCCCUACAAACAGCUAGGAAUGUUUACUAAAAGGCAAGAGUUAAACAUGGCAGUAUAACGCAUGAAUUAAAUGCUAGUAAAAGAGAGCAGCAAUUAAAGCAAAGGCAGUAAACUGGAAGCAACAAAUAAAUCCUCAUAACUGAAGCGAACCAAAGGCCAAAUAAGACAAUGAAGAAGUCUAGCACAAGACUUCCUAAAAAUGAAGGUCAAUGCCAUACAACAGACAGUAAUCCAAGUGGAUGCUCUGAAACUAGUGAUUAGGAUGACCAUACAGUGGUACCUCGGGUUAAGUACUUAAUUCGUUCUGGAGGUCCGUUCUUAACCUAAACUGUUCUUAACCUGAAGUACCACUUUAGCUAAUGGGACCUCCUGCUGCUGCCGCGCCGCCGGAGCACGAUUUCUGUUCUCAUUCUGAAGCAAAGUUCUUAACCCAAGGUAAUAUUUCUGGGUUAGCGGAGUCUGUAACCUGAAGCGUAUGUAACCUGAAGCGUAUGUAACCCGAGGUACCACUGUAUGUCCUACUUGACUUUGGAGAAUAGGGUUAUCCCUUGCUAUUAGCCAGGUUGACUGUGGUCUGUGUCCAAGGUUAGAGGUCAGCUUAUGAAUACUGGUUGCUGGAAACCACCAGGGGGAGGUGUGCUCUUGUGCUUGAGGGUUUCCCAACUCUGCCCCAACUCUGGCCCUUCCUAUGACUUACUGUAUUCUCAUGACUAGCCCACUCCCCAUCUUAGUGUUUUGGAACAACCCCCACUGAAAAAUUCUCAAGCCCAUGCCUACCCAUUUAAUGCAUUGCCUGCCCUAUUGAUAUGUGUCACAUCCAGGUUUUCCCCAACUAAUUUCCCCAUUGGCUUCAUCCUCCCCCAAGGGGCGGAGGUGGAACUUACUUUUUCCUUACCUGGACCAUGAGUGUACUGAAGAAGCCUGCUCUAUCUUUCCUUCUCCCUCUUGCAAUAACAGACACUGGGAUGAAUGGAGGAGCUUAGAGGCAGGUUCCUCAAGGGAUGCACUAAAUUUUCAAGAAGGCUGCUGACUAAUCAGCAGAGAGAUAAUUUUGUCAUAAAUUGGGACUGAGCCAGUGACUAUCCGGCUGGUCUCUGUUCCAGUACAGUGGUACUGUGGCUUCACACUUCAAAACUGCCAUCUUGAAGGCAAGAAAAGUACAAGAAACUUGUUUUGUUUUCAUUAGCCACUAGCUGGCAGGGUUUCGCGGUCAGCCAAGAACACGAGGAUUCGCCAUUUCUGAGCACAAUGUUGUUUUCUUCUGUAAAAUCAGUAUCUUGUGUUGCCCAAGCCAGUUCCUUAGAUUUCUAGGUGUACUGGUAGACUGGACCCCAGAUGGAGACUGUUCAUUUGUAUCAGAAGCCUUUGCUUCAUAAGCUUUGAGACUCAGCCAUGGUCUCCCUUUAAGAUCUGAAUGCAAGUGGAUGUUUAUACAGUUCACUGCUGGAUUGGGUCCUGUGUGCAACCCAUUUAAACUGGCUUGCCGCAUUCUUCUGUGGCAUGAUAUAGGAAGAAAACCCCAUCCUGCAGGGAUCGCCAGAAAAGAAAUUAGCUGUUAUGUGAAUGGCUGUCUUUCCUACUUUGCACCUUGCCACACCAUUGCUGUAUCCUGCAAAGAUAAAAGUAACACUUGUCAGAAAUUUGUUAGGUGUGAAACAGCUCUGAGUCACUGUCACUUCAGUUGUUGAUGAGCCAGCGAUGUAAGAAGUGAGAAAUUCUAUCAUGAUUUUAAAAAAACAAAAAACAAAAAGUACCUAUAUUUGGCAUGAAAGCAUUACGUAAUAUGAGCCUGAAGAAAAAGCACUGGAGAGGUUAUUCUCACACUGUGAUCUUCUGCCUUGUUUUUAAUAGAUUUUUACCUCAGCCUUUGCUUGGGCGGAUGGAAGUUUUAGUCCAAAAUACAGUGGUACCUUGGUUCUCAAACUUAAUCCAUUCCAGAAAUGCAUUCCAAAACCAAAGCGUUCCAAAACCAAGGCACGCUUUUCCAUAGAAAGUAAUGCAAAAUGGAUUAAUCUGUUCCAGACUUUUAAAAACAACCCCUAAAACAGCAGUUAAACAUGAAUUUUACUAUCUAACAAGACCGUUGAUCCAUAAAAUGAAAGCAAUAAACAAUGUACUGGGCUCCACACAGUCAUAAAAACAAAACAAAACUAGGUAAAGGGAAAAGUACCCCUAACCGUUAGGUCCAGUCAUGGACGCCUCUGGGGUUGCGGCGCUCAUCUCACUCUAUAGGCCGAGGGAGCCAGCAUUUGUCCACAGACAGCUUCUGGGUCAUGUGGCCAGCAUGACUAAGCCGCUUCUGGUGAACCAGAGCAGAGCAUGGAAACGCCAUUUACCUUCCCACCGGAGCAGUACCUAUUUAUCUACUUGCACUUUGACGUGCUUUUGAACUGCUAGGUGGGCAGGAGCAGGGACCGAGCAACGGGAGCUCACCCCAUCGCGGGGAUUUGAACUGCCAACCUUCUGACUGGCAAGUCCUAGGCUCUGUGGUUUAACCCACAGUGCCACCUGCAUCCCUAAAAACAAUACUAAAAAACCGCAAAAACAAAAACGCAAAAUAAAUAGCAAAAACAGACAGACCUCAGCGUAACACUCAAAACGGAACUGUGGCACUCAAAACGGAGCACGUUCGGCUUCCAAAGAAAGCUCUCAAACAUCCGGGUUUGUAGUGUUUGGGUUCCAAGUUGUUUGAGUACCAAGGCGUUUGAGAACCAAGGUGCCACUGCAUAUGGAGGGCAGCAGGUUGGUGAAGGCAGUUUAACAGUGAUAUAGCAGAAAUUAAGUAUAGUUAAAGAACAAAUUAGAUCUUUCUCUUGUAAAUAAAACAAGCCUUCUCAUGCACAGUUGAAAGAAAAAGAGUUUGUCAACAAAAUAAAUAUGGAAAACUUUCCUGCCAUUUUUGCUUCCUGUUUCUCCAAACCAAACAAGAUACUUUACCUGCUUCAGGCAAUUUCCUUUCCUGGGAAACAGUCUCCCUUCCUUGGGCAGUUCUGUUUUUAAUAUAUAAUCUCAGGCUGCUUUCAGAGACCAAGGCCUGGAUUCCACUGGCAUGACCUCUUCUCUUCUAACUGCACUGCACAGCUUCUGCUUAAUGGGCAGUUAAGAGAGGAACCAUUUGUGAGGUCUUCGGCUUUAAGGGAGAGGAGCAGAAACACCUGGGAAGCAAAUACAUAAUCCUGCAGAUUGCUUUACAGACAGAACCUCAGUUUACCACUUGUGGGCUUUCCAGGGUCAUCCUGCAAAGAGAGGAUCCUGCAAGCUCUCCUUAUCUUCUUAUGUGUACCAGUCCCACAGAUUUCAGAUGAACUCAGUUCUAGUAGAAUUUGGGGUGGACUGCUGCUCUCGGUUUAGCAUGCUUAGGUGCACUGACCAGAAUGCAAAGAAUGGUUAAAGCAAAGCACCCAUGCUUCAUUACUGACGAGUAAUCUGUCUCCCCUUUGCCCUUGCCAAAUAGCCGUUGCCUUGCUUGAGGGAAAUGGGGAAAGGUGUCCAAGAGGCUACAUGGAGCAACAGCAGAGAGGCCCAUUUAGGAUGUAACACUAAACUAUGGUUUAGCACCCUGGUGGCUAACCUGGGGCACUCUGGAUGUUGUUGGGCAGCAGUUUGCAUCUGCCCCAGCAAGCACGACCAGCAGUCAGGGAUGGAGGCCAGCAGUGCUGGGCAAUACAGUAGACCCUCUGGAUACGAACUUAAUUCAUUCCAGGAAUCCAUCCGCAACCUGAAAAGUCCGUAUCCAGAGGCACCGCUUCGGGUUAAGCAUUUUCUGGUUGCGCUCCGCGGCGACCUGGAAGUAACGGAGCACGUUACUUCCGGGUUUCGCCACGCCCGCAUUUGCAGACCAUCAAAAUGACAUCAUGCGCAGAAGUGCCGAAACAUGACCCACACAUGGACAUGGGUUAUGUUCGCUUCGGGAUGCGAACAGGGCUCCGGAACGGAUCCUGUUCGCAUCCCGAGGUACCACUGUAGAGGUACAGAGGUACGACUGUAUUAGCUUUUCAACAAAGUAAUGUAUCACCAGCCAAACAUAGCAAUAUAGUGAUACAUUGCGAUGUUGAAAAGCAGAGGGAGAAACAAGCUGCAUUGGGCUGGCAGUUUCACCAUGGUGUCUUGAAGGCCCAGGCCCAAUCCAACUCAUUCCUCCAGGCGCGGCGGUGGAGGGAGUCUCUCUGCCACCAGCACCCAGCAUGCUGAGGGAGGGAUAAGCUCCAUCAUUUCUGGCACCUACUGGCUCGUUCUUCCCUCGGUUUGAGGGCCAGAGCACAAUGGCGUCUUCACCCAAGCAGUAUAUUGCAGGUGAAACCACUGCCACUCCUGAGUCAGGAGUGGUGGCUGCGGUUUCACCUGCGAUAUACCACCAGGUGAAGACACCAUUGUGCCCUGGCCCUCAAACUAGUAUCAAUACAUGGCCCAGCAACAUCUGAAGUUCCACAGGUUAGUCAUCCCUGGUUUAGCAUUGUAUGUAUGAGCAGCAACAAACCUCAUGCCCAUGCACUCUCACCUCCUUUGGCACAACCAAAGAGGUGUGGCGUGGGGGAUUGGAAGCUUUAACACUUGCUUUUAAACUAACCACUUUGUUUAUGCCUGAACGCAGUUGAACUCUGGUUUGAUUGUUUGAACAAACCAGAGUUCAAGUCAACCAGAGUUCUCUGAGUUUGGAUGUAACAAGAAACACUGGUUAGUUUGGGAGCAGAAGCUAAAGCUUCUACUUUCCCUGUGGUUAUGCCAGAAAAGCGGGAGCAGAGGACUAUAUGAAGCCCACAGAAGCACAUGCGCAUAGAGUUUACACGUGGUUUAAAUUUACUUCCAAACUGGUCCUGUGAGCUUGGUAAUGCCUGGUUCCUACUUCUCUGUUGACCCAUUGUGUUGAAGUUUAUUUGGUGGACUGUGUGCGCUGCAGAGACAUCUGGGUCCAUUCUGAUCUCUGGGUCAAGGUACUUCUGUUUUUUUCUUUUUCUCUUUUUGAACACACAUGUGUAGCCAGUCUUUUCUGAGCAAACAAAAUAUAAUUGGGACAAGAGAUAGCUCCUUUGUUCUUUUUUUAGGAGUCAACAUUAAUUUUGCAUUAAAGCUAACAAAAUGACACCAACAAGGAUAUGAAAUUUAAGGAUGAAUUUGAAACUGCAUGCUUAACUGAAUUAAUAGCAUUGCACCCUAUAAUUGCUGCAGGUCAGACAAGAAAAGAGGUUGUCAAAAAUUCAACCAAGUUUUUCAGAUAUUGGCAAUAAGCCCACCCCCACCCCAGCACAUACUACUAUGUCUUACUGAGUGAUUUAAUAUCUUGGAUAUUUCUUAGUAAAAUACAUGAUCAUUCUGCAGAGAGAAAUACCAGGAGGUUUUGUUUUGCAUCUGGAAAGGUUGUUCAUUAUCAUAAUAUUUGUCUGAAUGUGUCCUUUUAUCUGCGUAUUUAUUUUUAAAGAUAGGGUUAUGUAUUUUGAUGUUUUAUUUAAAAAAUGUUACUUUCUCUUUAAGCUCCUAGUACAGAGUCAAAUAUUGUCUUAUGUGCUCUGUCAGAAAAAUGACUGCACGGAGAACAGGGCUGGCGGUUCAAGGCAAUCUAUUGAUCUAUCUUUCUGCAUUCCCUUUUCUCUUUAAUGAGGACUAGAAUGUUUCCACAUCAGUUAACCGCCUCCAUAAAGCACCAGAAGGUCACACCAGCAUCACACUCGUCUUUUUUUCUUUGUGUCUAUAAUAUAAUUGGCUGAUUGUGCUGGUGAUGAGUGAGCUCGCCUCCCCCCCCCACCCCCACCCCCCGCAAUUCCCCCAGAGCAGUCUUGGCUACAUGUUAUUAAACCUCAUUGCUCGUUCCCUGAGGAGAACAGCUCUGCUGCGCUCCUCGCUAGCAAAGCCAGUGCCAUUGCGCAGGUUGAAACGGCAGAAACAGCAUCCAUUUUAAUCUGCGGGAAGCCUCUCGGUUUACAAGGGCGUUCUUUUCUCCUUCAGAUGCUGUAAAAAUUAACUGUGCAGCUUCUGUAAACAUUCUUGGCUCUCGGUGUCUGGUUUCUGUAUGAUGCACUGAGAUGGUACACCAGGAAAACUGUUCGUAUCAGGUAAGAAUUAAAGCUCUUCUGCCAUAAUCGGCAUCAUCCCUUUUAGAAGAGAGGAGGGAAGAGGCCUGCCUUUUUUUACUUGUUUUUUAUUUCGAUGCAGCAGGUUGCUUCCUUUCAGCUUAUGUAAAAUUGGGUCACCUUUCUAAAUGGAAGGAUUUCUGGGCUGCUGUUUUGUUGGUGUUCUCUUUUCAGGGCUACUAUUAAGGGGCACAAUGAGGAAAGCCGACAAAUAAUCCUUACUUUGCUUUUAAGAUAGCAGGUUGUUAAGCAGCUAUUGCCAAGUCUCUGUGUGUGCCUGUUUUUACAGGGAAGGAAAGCAGCUCCGUAUAUCAAAUGAUAAGGCUCCACUUCAAAAACAGCAUUUUAUCAGCAUUAUACAGAUUCUUUAAAAAAAACAAAACCAGUAUAGGUUUUGGUUUGUGCCAUUUAGUGGAUGAUGAUACUGUGAGGAGGAUGUUAGGGAAAGAUGGUUAACUGAAUAAUUGUCAUUAAAAUACGUGUAGUAAUCUGAAUGUAGUCUGAAUGUUAAAUUCUACUUGUGAGCACAAUUGGUGUGGGCAUGUUUUGACUGUGAUGAGGUGUAAGAAUUUACAUGUCUGAUGCAUGUAGCUCAGUCUAUGUUUGUUGUUUGUAGUCUCAAAGACUCCAGAUACUAUGUUUUGUAGACAGCACAUAAUUUAGCAUGCUACCUCUGGAAAUAUUGCUUCCUUGUUUCCUGAAAGGUGCUUCUUUUUGGAGGGAUUUGUUUUUCAAAUGCUUUACGUUUAUUGUAUGCAUGGACACGCCGAGAAGCAAAAUAUUAGUUGUGUAGAUUUCAAGCUGCUUUGAGAAAUGGAUUUCUCCCAUCUUAUAUCUUCGCACGCCACCUUUACAGGACUGGUUUCCUAUCCCAGUAGAAGUGAUUCUUUUAGAUUCUGGCUUGAUUGCUGUGGUUGGUGGUGCAUGAGUGGGGAUAUACCAUUUUAAAUCUACAGUUAAAAGAAUAUUUAAUGCCAAACGAAACACAUAAAGUUGCACUGGUGUCGGUGCUAACCCAGUCUAUGCUUAGAACGAAGUCCUUUUCAUAGGCUCAACUCCAGUCUUUAGCACGUAUAUUUCAACUCCCACCUUCUAAAAUUUAUUGAACUUGAUCCAGACUAAAUUAGUCACGCUUUUGUCCCAUUGAAAUCAACAGGGUCGUGGAGAACCUAAUUCCUAUUGAUUACACUGGGGCUAGAGCGUGACUAACUUAGUCUGGAUUCAGCCUAUUUUAUUUUUUGCACAGCACGUAAUCAGGAAUAAAAUAAAGGUGUAGAGGAGCCAAAUAUACUGAAUUUGCAAGUUGUUUACAGAAAAGUGCAAGUGUUGUAGGGAAAGGGAUUAACCAAGAUGGAGAGGGAAAGUCUCUGUAGGGAACAGCAUGUUUAGUCUCUGUGUUCCUACACAUAAUGAAGGUAGAAGUGCAAAAAUAGGAACCAAGUAAUGUGCAGCUGUAGCUUUUUAAAAUUCUGUUUAAAUAGUUUUAGGAUAACUGCCCCCCCAAAAAAUCUUUCCACUUGCAUUUUCUCCCAUUUUUGGAUUUCUGCACAUUUUAGCCCAUGUUCUGCUUAGUCAAUAGCACCACUUUGGCUUGACACCUCCUGGCAUUUUAAUAAAUAGCCCAGUUGCUGUGUCACAAAGAAUGCCCCACAGCCACAUUUUGUAAUCUGGUAGGAGUCAAAGGUUGCCCAUUGUUCCCUUUGAAAUGGAAGUCGCUUCUUUGGCAACCGUGAUUAAGAGAAGGGUACACUGAACACCAUCAAGAACGGCUUCUGAUAUUGGGAUGGCCUGCUCUUUGACACAUUUGUGCAUUUUAUGUAUGUGUUUGAUCAUAACCCAUCUCCGCUGUGGUGGCACUUGCUGAGUUCUGCAUAUGAACCUGGGAAAUCUUUGCAAAACAAAAUUGUUGCCUUUAAAAGAAAAGUGGGGCAGGGAAGGUGUCUUGUGUAAAACACCUUGUUAGGGUGACACAGUUCACCAAAAGCAAAAAAAAACCCAAAAGCAACAAACCCAUUAACCUGGAGGUUGCAUUUUUAAUCCAUCUGUGAUGUGGAAUCCAGGGUUUUAGCAUCACACUGGAAGCUAUAAAUGAUUAGAUUUCAGCAGGCCUGGCCAUAAGGGCAGCUUCUCUCAGCGGGGGAUGGGAAAAUGUCAGGAGCUGCCGCUGCCGCUGUCACAAGUGCCAUCUGUGGUUAAAUAAUAAAUGCCUUGUUUUGCAUCAUACUGUAAACCAGAUUAGAGCUUUUUUCCCUAUUGCCCUUAGCAGAGAAUAUCUGUAUCCUGUUAAAGUGUAACACACUCUACUUUUCAGAGAUAUGCUGUUUAAAUAUUGGAGCCCCUUUCUCCUUUAAUUUAGAAGAAAAGAUUAAUAAGGGCCUUCCUACAUAAUAUCAUAUGCUACCUAAUGUUGUGCUUGCUGCUGAGUAUAUACUUGACAAGGAACUGCAGCCAAUCCUGGCUCUCUGAGCAUACCUGUAUGGUACUGUUACUAACAUGCUUGAUCUUUUAUGUGCCUUGCUAUGAGUAGUGUCUGACUAAGACAUACUUUGAGCAGAUGCAUUGAAAUUGGUGGGCUUUAGACAACCAUGACUAACCUAAAUCUGUCGAUUUCAUUGGGCCUAUUCUGAUGUCAUAGGCUGCGUACACAUCAUGGGUGAUACCAUCGUGCCAAGGAGAUAGUUCCAUCUGGCAAGCAGAAAUGUUUGCACUAAUGGAACAACCUCUCCUCCCCCCCCCAUGUGCUAUUCUGGGGGACCUUCCAACCUUCCUGAGCAGAACUGAGGAAGAAACAAGGGGAAGUCCUCUUGAGCUAUCAAGACUUAUUGCUCUGACUUCCACUAGUGCCACAGCUUACUUGAAUCUGGCUCUAUAACUUUCAUGUACAUUGGAAGCACAGUUCAUCCCCUCAAAGAAUUAUGGGCACCGUAGUUUAAGGGUUGCUGAAAUUGUAACUCAGUGAGGGGUAAACGGCAGUGCCCACAAUUCUUUGAGGGGGUGAAAUGUGCUACAAAGGUGCUUUAAAGGUAUCAUGUGUAUGAAGCCUUAGUUGGGUGCAAGCUUUAAGAAACAACCCGUAAUGAGUGACUGACCCUGAGAUUGAAAGGUGAUAUGAAAUAUUCACAAAAUUAUGAACAGUUGGGAGAGGAUACUGGAACUAAUGGUCUCCAAGCAAAACUGUUGGCAGAUCAGGGCAAACAGAAUGUGUUUAAUGGGCAUAGAGGAUCCUUCUUAGGUGUAGAAGCAGCUUUUAAAAAAUAGAGACAGUUUUGUAUGUGUAAGGUGAGUGAAUAGGCAUGGUUUUGUUGCCACUGAAUGUGAGACCAGUGUGGUGUAGUAGUUAAAGCGUUGGACUAUGGCCUAGGAGAGCCCAGGGUUCAUAUCCCCAUGCAACCACGAGGCAAAACCACCCACAGUUCAUUGGAGGAAAUGUAGGACAUCAAUGUAUUAAAAAAUAAACACAAAUUCUGGCUACAAAUGUGAAUUUUGUGCACUAUUCAGAUUCUAGCUAUUGAUAAUAAACCAUGUAGUUACAUUUUUUAAAGCCCCACUAGCAUCUUAGCUUGGACAACUUACAGAAUGGACCCUGAGGAAGAGGUUGGAAGGUAAAGACUAGCUCAAUUAUCCCUGGCUCCAUGGGCUGCAUUUGGGAUACACUGGGAGCAAGACUGGUUCCUUGCCCUGGAUAAUGGGGUCGCCAGAGGCAGCAUUCACAGCCUGGUGAUUUCCUGAACAUAAUCCUUUGUUAGAUUUAUAUCCUGCUUUUCUGUCUUGAUGGAACUGAGAACAAAGGUCCAUAGUGUCCCCAGAUGCUUUUCCAUCCAGGCAGUAAUCCAACCCAGGAGGCCUGCUUAGUUUCAGCAUAGUGGCUGCAUCAUGUGUCUCCUGAUUGUGCCUAGGGAUUAUUUGCUUACUUCUCUGGGGGAGGAAAAAAGAAGAGCCAGAUCAGAUCAAAGAGAUCAAAGUCCAGCUUCGUGUUUCCAGCAGUGACCCGGCAGAUGCCUCUGGGGAGCCCAGAAGCAGGACUUGAAGGCACCAGCCUUCGCCUGGUGUGUCCCAGAGGUUGUCAGCCGAGAGAUUCCAUUUUAAUUGACAGGCCGGUCAUCUGUGAAUUUGUUUAAUCCUUUUUAUAACCAUCCAAGCCACCUGCCACCAUCUCAUCAUAUGGUGGUGAAUUCUAUAACUUAAUUACGUGCAGUGUGAAGAAGCACUUUCUUUCCUCUGUCCUCAGUCUACUACCGAUCAGUUUCAGUGGGUGACUCCUAAUUGUUUCUCCUCUUUAUCUAUACCUUCCUUAAUUUUAAGGAGCAUCCCUUUCAGGGAUGUUCGUCUGGCACCAUCUGUGUGGUCUUUUCAGCAGCAAGCAAACUGGGCCUUUUACAUGAUUUAUGCAGUCUGGGCCUCUUGUUUUUGAAGCAUGUGUUUUGAUUUGAGGGGUGCUGUGGCUUGUGGCCGGUCAGAUGGAUGGGAUACAAAUAAUAAAAAUGUUGUUGUUGUGGUUCGAGGACCCGACCCCCGCGAUGUGAAAUAAAUACACAAGGACACGUGAUAUAAGGUUAAUGGGCAAGAAAAGGCCACAACUUUAUUGAUUACAGCAGUGAAAAGGUAUUGGCUUAGGCAUUGGAUGUCUAAAACAAGGGGGUUUAUUCACCAGUAGGUGGAGCCUGUUGAUGCUAAUCCAACUAUAGGCUCUCCCCUGAUGUCACCGGGGGUCGUGCCAUGGCCUCCCGCCAAGCAGGCAUCGGACAGAGUACACGACCGCCAGAUUCCUUUAACGGAAUACCCAAAAAUUGAAGGCAUAGGCGAUGGCCACACCCAGCCCUUCGACACACCACAACACAUUAUUCCAAUGCCUAACCGUAUACCUUCCUUAAUUUUAAGGAGCAUCCCUUUCAGGGAUGUUCGUCUGGCACCAUCUGUGUGGUCUUUUCAGCAGCAAGCAAACUGGGCCUUUUAAAUGAUUUAUGCAGUCUGGGCCUCUUGUUUUUUAAGCAUGUGUUUUGAUUUGAGGGGUGCUGUGGCUUGUGGCCGGUGAGAUGGAUGGGAUAUAAAUAAUAAAAAUGUUGUUGUUGUUGAAUUCAGGUACUGUUGGGGCUGUAUUUGAUGCUGCAAAUAUUCCUGCGCUACUGACUUCCAUGCAUGCAACCCCUCCGGGGCCCCCCUCCAAGCACACACUGAAAACCAGCACCAGGGGGUUGAGAGGGCCAGAGGAUUUGGAGGGCAUGUGGCCAAGGGAGAAGAACAAGAAGUCCAAUUGUUCAAGUGGGGAGGUUUUGGUUUCCCCCUAAAAAAAAUAAAAGGUUUUACUAUUUCUUGGGUAGUCACAACCAAUUCAGAACCCAUCAGUAUAUAUGUGAUUUUGAACAGAGCUCUAUUCAGGCAUUCAUCAUAAUUGCACAAUUACCACCCCAUAAUAAGGGGGAGAUGUGCUUUUUUGCCACCUCUCAAAUUGUAUCCCCUGCCGUCCUCAUGUUUUAGGGAAGAGGGGAGCUAUCUUUACAUGCCCAGGCUCUUCAUGAUCAGGCCGCUAAAUCAUGUCAGGGAUCUACAUUUGUAGAGAAGACUGCCCUCUGAAGAUCUCUUCUGAAGACCCAGUAGUCACAGUCCAUUUAUCCCCCUAACACAAUGCUAAUUGCAUAAGCAUGAACGCUGGAUGCCAUAGGUAUUCACCAGCCUGAUGCCCUCUGCCAGUUUUGGACUACAACUCCCAUCAGCCUCAGCCAGCACAGCUAGAGGGCAACAGGUUGGCUAUCACAGGAGUUUAAUCAGGAGACUUCGGUGAAGCAAUUCAUCCAAAGCUUUUUGAGAGCCCUGGUCUUGAGGGCAGUUCUGCAAAGCCUGGAAGCCAGGUUCUGGGUGGCCCAUAUUUCCACCAAUAGGAGUCCCUUUGGGGUUGGACCUAUGAGUGCUCUGAACACAGACGCUGUCACCGUUCCCUGAAAUCUACAGGUUCUGCCUUCCCACACAAAUCUCACUCAUCCUAAUGACCAGGAUUCUUCCACUUUCAUUUGACUCGGGGCAACUUCCCAUGAAUGUGAACAUUUUAAAUGAACACUGUAUCUACCCUUGCCAAAGACCAUAGGUUUAUGUUAUGUUCAUUUCUGAAUACAAUGUAUUAGAAGCCAUUAAUGGCUAAAGGAAACACUAAAAGGUUUAUAUAUCUACUAUUGCAGAACUGUUCUGGGGGAGGAAAGUCUUUCGUAUUAUUUAGGUCAUCAGUUUGAAUCUCUUCCCAGAUCAAUGGUGACACACAAAAUUAGAUCAUUAUUAAUAAAGAAUUUUCAUAACCUCCACACAUUUAUUAAUGCAGAAUAUCCUACUGGGUCCCUGGUUCUCUGUUUAAAAUUACUGGGUGCAUUUUCUAUACAUUAAUCCACGCUAAAUGAACUCUUAAUAUGGCUCCUAAUUAUUAUCUCCCACUUCUAACUCUGAACUGCUUAGAUGGUGGUUACCAGCACAGAUGCAUCAUUUAUCUGAAGCGUGAUUCUGCAGUUGUGAGAGUCAGAAUGACUUGCUCACAAAUAACUGGCUUCGGACUGUCAGAGCUUCACAAAUGGGUUGCCUUGUCAGUUCCAGAAACAACCUGAAAUGCUCCCUUUGCUUUGGAGGGGAAGCUGAUGGUGUUACAUAUAAGUUUCAUAUCCGUGCUGAUUUUAGAGCUUAACAUAUUGUUUUUCCAAAAACAAAAUAACAUCUGGGAUAAAUUGGAAGUUUCCCUAGAAGCCUCUAGGAGUUCCACAACUAUGUUUACCUAUAGAUCUGGCAAUAAUAUGCACAAAGCACGUCAAAACACAGAAGGUGUAUUGUUUCGACUCCUCUAGGAAAAUAGCCACUUCUCCAAAAAAAUGUUUGCUCAGCCAGAGGCAGAUCAAGCUCCAUAGCAGGUCUAAGGUUUGGGGCUGUGUUAGCCAAAUCUUUUGUUGAUCUGGCUGUCCAGUAGUUACAGUAGCACAGCAGGAGGUUUCAGGCUAUUUUGAUUACUCAAAUACCUUUGGACAAGUGAACUGAAUUUCCAGGAUGUCAUUUGGGUGGGGAAAAGUUGUUCCUGUGUCCAGGGCUCCUGCAUUCUACCUCUCCUAUGCAAGUUUUUAAAGUUUUCCUACUCUUUCUUUCCUACUCUUUCUUUUAAAAUGUCCAAAGCUACUGUCAGGAAGCCAUGAUUUUGGCUUAGGCAAAUGCCUUUUUUAAAACAUUCAGUAGGUUUAUAGCAUAGGCAAGCUCAGCCCUCCAGAUGUUUUGGGACUACAACUCCAAUCAUCCCUAGCUAACAGGACCAGUGAUCAGGGAUGGUGGGAGAUGUAGUCCCAAAACAUCUGGAGGACCGAGUUUGCCUAUGCCUGGUUUAUAGAUUUCCAUGCAUAAUCUGUGCAGGAAAAAUAUUUGCCCAAUUCAUUGUUGCCAUCAUAACAUUUUAGACACCUGGUGUGACCAGGCAGUAUGAUAUAAGCAUCGGUCGAAGCAGGCAUGCACACUCUUCCCCACCCUUUCCUAGCUAGCAUUUAGGCUUGAAAAAGUGUUUCAGUUCUUUUCCAAGACAGGUGCUUGGGGCGGGGGGUGGGGAGUAACCGUCUGGGAGAGUGCAACCCAUGUGUUAAAGGAAAUAUGUUCAACAAGUUUUUUAGAAAAAAGACCCAGAAAAUUCUCACCAACAAGCUGUUUUCACAGGCUAAAAUUACAUGUGCUAUUUUCAGAGUACCCCCCCCCAAAAAAAAAGAAGAAGAAGAAGAAGGAAAAGGAUGAAAGUGACUUGAAAGCAGCAUAUGUGAAUUUAUACAUAUACAUGCAGACAGGGGAAUAGUUGCUAUAUUUUAAAAAGAAAUACAAUACAGGUCACCAUUGGAAGGGACCACGAGGAUCAUGUAUAGUCCAGUCCUCAGUAAUGCAGGAACCUUUCACCUAACGUGGGGCUCAAACCCAUGAACCUGAGAUUAAGAGUCUCAUGCUCUGCCAACUGUGCUACCCCUCAUCAAGAGUGGGGAAGACUACAACCAGGCGAUAUGUGUGCCUGCCCACUGGUCCUGAAAGACCUAGAUUGACUACCAGUACUUUUCUGAGUGGGUGAGGGAUUCAGGUGACCGCUGUGGGUUAAACCACAGAGCCUAGGACUUGCCGAUCAGAAGGUCAGCGGUUGGAAUCCCCGCUACGGGGUGAGCUCCCAUUGCUCGGUCCCUGCUCCUGCCAACCUAGCAGUUCGAAAGCACGUCAAAGUGCAAGUAGAUAAAUAGGUACCGCUCCGGCGGGAAGGUAAACAGCGUUUCCAUGCGCUGCUCUGGUUCGCCAGAAGCGGCUUAGUCAUGCUGGCCACAUGACCUGGAAGCUGUACGCCCGCUCCCUUGGUCAAUAAAGCAAGAUGAGCGCCGCAACCCCAGAGUCGGUCACGACUGGACCUAAUGGUCAGGGGUCCCUUUACCUUUACUUUUCUGAGCACAAUUCAGAGCGUUGUUGACCUUUACUGCUUCGGUCCUAUAUACCUGAAGGAGCAUCUCCACCCCCGUUGUCCAGCUCUGAGGGCCUUCUGGCAGUCCUCUCAUUGUGAGAAGUGAAGUUGCAGGGAACCAGGCAGAGGGCCUUCUUGGUAGUGGAAUGCCUUCCCAUCAGAUGUCAAAGAGAUAAACAAUCAUAUGAUUUUUCACAGACAUCUGAAGGCGGCCCUAUUUCAGGAAGCUUUUAAUGUCUCAUGUUUGGGUGUGUUCCUUUAUAUUUUGUUGGAAGCCGCCCAGAGUGGCUGGGGCAACCCAGUCAGAUGGGUGGGAUGCAAGCAAUAAAUUAUUAUUACUACUACUAUGUUCAUUUAUCACAUGCAUCUUAAUUUCUUCAUUCUCCCUCUGAUCUCAUGGGUUAUGAGGAAUAUGUAUAGGAGGAUCCUUAGAUUCCCAACUAUAAUCUGUACUAUUUUACAUUUACUUCGUAAGGGUCUUGCUGCUUCUCCUGUACUUACUGUAGUCAGGGAACAUGUAGCAUUAGCGAGCAGUACAGUAUUUUUCUGUGGUUGUGCAAGAUGGUUUUAAUGUCCUUACUAAGUUGUCAGCAGCACAUACAUAAAAGAUGAAUUUGCUUGUAAUGCGGGCAUAUUUAAUUCUGACUCAUUUUUCACUCCCACGGAGAAAUGGAAAAAAAGCUUGCAUCCCACUAACAGUGCCAUUGUGGCGUUCAGGAAAAGGGAGCAUGUGAGUAUUUUGAAAAGCUGUGAAUGACGUGUGAACAUUUUGUUGCAAUUUAAAGUUCACAGCAGUAAAACUAACAAACCUGCCUUGUAAAUCUGCACCCCUGAAAAUGAAUGGGUUUUUCUUUUGUUCAACUGAUAAUUGGCUUAUAGGUAUAAGUCAAUGUUAUGGGGAAGGGAGAUAGAAUGGGGGGAAGGAAGAAUUAAUUUUAGCAACACUAGGAAAUGACAUGCUGAGUCAGCUGUGAGGAUGGGAGCCAUAAAAAAGUAAAGCAUAUUAACAUAAUUCCUACGUGCAGAAAAGUAAUUACAUAGAAGCCUACUAGGAAAAUAAUUGAAUUUAGCUGGCCCAAUAUAUUAAUGCAUGCCUUCUGUUAAACUUUUGAAUAGUGCGUAUUAGAGAGAUCUUUUAAAUAGUCUUCCCUUUUUAGAGUUGCUAGUAAAUGUGUUGUAGGGUCAAAUCUUUUAUGGGUAUUUUAUGGGAGAUUUAGAGGGAGGAUUUUAAAGGCAGUUCUAUAAUCUCAUAAUCUUAUAGUAUACAUUUCACACCAGUUCUUGUUUCAUUGGGGUGGGUCACCCAAAUUGUCUUCCUUAAUGCUUCCUCCCUCAGAAAUUUAGGCACUUAUCCAAUUCCAAAGCACUUACACGUAGAUACGAGUAGUCUCAUCAUCCUAAGUGCUUUUGUGGGAGGAAAGUGAAAUGUAAUAGCCUACAUUUGCGAAAAGGCCUUGGGAAGUUCUGAUGUCAUUAUGGAGUCCAGACAAAAAAGAUGAUUCACCUUGUUGCUGAAAAUACUAUUGAUACAGUGAUGUAGCCAUCAACAACUGCAGGUUGUAAUACCUUAAAUCUCUGCUGUUGUAGUACAGGCAAGUCCAACCACAAGUAGCCUGAGAUCUACCAUCCAAAAUAAAAAACUGGCAGUGAUCAACCACACUCUCCCAUUGUCAUUCUUCAGCUUAAACACAUUAUAUUUGGCUGAGCUUAUGAUAAAAAUAAUAACAAAUUAUAAUCGCUUCAAUAAAACCUGAAAAGUUCAUCAUAAAUCAAUAUAUUUUAAAAAAUACAUACUUUGUAUACUUGUAAUAGCAUAAUAAAAUAACAUUGAGGACAGGGUCCUACAUAAUCAGAACAUGAUGCACGGAUUGUUGUUCACAAAAGCUCGUGCCAUAACAAAUGUGUUAUGUCUUUAAAGUACCCCAGGACUCUUGCUGUUUUUCAAAUGAGUCAUGAGCACUUGUCAACCACAGCAGCGUCCCCAAUAGUUCAAAACAGAAAUUGUGUAAACUGAACUGCAGAGUUGACAGCCUUCAAGCACCACCUUAGAACUGGAUGAAACCUGUAGAAGCCCUUUCCCCUGGAUCCAACCCACCCCUUCCUUUUGAGUAAACGUAAACCAGCCCUUUCUCUUUCUGAGGAGCCAGUGCGCAGGACUGUACACACACACACCACUCCCCACAUGGGUAGGAUGGCAGCCGCUAGGAAGGGUCCCCCACUCCCUCGUGCGUGUUUACUUGGGAGUAAAGCCCCAGUGGUCUGUUUACAGCCAGCAUGGAGGGGAGGGGGCAAGGCAGUCCUCUCCUCAGGGCUGGCUCCUGGAAUGUCCAGCACCAUCUCUCUCUCUCUCACACCCAAACCAGUCCUUUCUCUCGAGGAGCCAGCGCUCAUGGCUUCUACCCACGUGUUGGACGCUGCUGUAGUAGGACCUUAAGAGUCAGAAAAUCCAGAGAUAGAAGCAUUUUCCUUCAUUGGUUACACACGUAUUCCGUAUUACCGUAUUUUUUGUUCUAUAAGACGCACCAGACCAUAAGACGCACCUAGUUUUUGGAGGAGGAAAACAAGAAAAAAAAUAUAUUCUGAAUCCCAGAAGCUAGAACAACAAGAGGGAGCACUGCGCAGCGAUCCCUCUCGCUGUUCUAGCUUCUGGGAUAGCUGUGCAGCCUGCAUUCGCUCCGUAAGACGCACACACAUUUCCCCUUCCUUUUUAGGAGGGAAAAAGUGAGUCUUAUAGAGCAAAAAAAACGGUAUUUUAGAAGCUUUUCCUUUGUUGGAUAUGCAGGUUUGACUGAUUAAAUGCCAGCAACAUAGUGAGACAAUGGCACACCUUGGGUUCGUUUACUUCCCAUCCCUGCAGCCACAAAGCUGAGUUUGGGUCUGGGGUUUUCCCCCAUAAUGGCUUUCUAACCUACUUUUUAGGGUAUUUACCCUCCCAAGGUGCAUUACAUCAAACCAAUACAGUACAAAAUGAAAUUUCCAAGAUUUGAAAUAACAGCAAAAACAAUGUUUAAACAGUUAUUUUCAAACAACCACAAAAGCUCCUGAUUGCAGACCAGGAAAAAAACAACCUGCAUUUUCUGAAGGAUAGCAGAAGUGGUGGUGGUGGUGUGUGGAAUACACAUUUUUGUGUGCAGAGGGCAUUUCUGAGAUACAAAACCACUACGUUUUUUAUUAGCUUCAACUUGUAGUUUCAUCUGACCACAGUCAGCUGUGUUUCAUUUUAACUAUACCAUAGUUUGAAACAGACAACGUCUUAUAAUGGGUCGUAAAACUUAACAAAUCUUAACCAACCACAGUUAAGAUUAACAUCAUUACCUGAAACCUAAACUUUGUUUAAACUGCAGUCAAUAAAAAAAAAAAGGAAAGGAAAUUUUCUGUAGCAGCUUGCUCCUGAGGGAGAACAUGCAACCCUAAGGCAAGCCUUAGAUUAAUACACCUGUCUUCAUCAUGUUCAUUAAUUUCAGUGGGUCUGCCCAAGGCAAAGCUUUGUGGAACACCACUCAUAGACUGGCAGUAACCUCUCCAAACCCUGUCUGGACAUGCCAGGGAUUGAACCCAGGGCCUUACAAAGUAGAUGCUCUGCCGCUAAGCUAUGGUCCUUCCUCAUUUAGGGCUUUGAAAACGGUAUUUCUCAAUCUCUUUUAACCCAUGCCCCUUUUAGCUAACAUAAAAAUCCCACACAGAGACCUUUCGAGCAUGGGUCCUCUAAUUAUUAUAUUGGAAUUUUCAAGUGGGUUUAUAUUGGAAUUUUCAAGCAGGUUCUAAUGUUCUGUUUAUGUUGCACAUAUUUUUUGAACCCCAUCCCCAAGACCAUCAUAUGACCCUCCGUCAAGAAACACUUCAUUGUAGACUAAUACCAGCACCUUAAAUUGGGUCCAAGAACAAAAUUCAGCUACUAGUGCUGAAUUGGGUGUAUUGUGAUCUAAAUGUGUAGCUAGCUCACUGUUUUGGACCCUAAAAGAUGAGUCAUGAAACCACAACAUGAAAAGUCCACAGGGGCUCUGUAAUAAGCCGUAAGGCCUAACCAACUAACACCUGAAUUAAUCUCAAGAUGGCUUAGGUCCUCCCCCUGCCCCCAUCCCUUGUGCUUCCAGGAAAUUCUCCUGAUGAUAACUCCUUCACUGAAUUACUUUGGGAGGGCGGGGUGGUUUCCUGCUUCCAUUAACAUGAAACAUGUGCUAUAAUCAUCCUACUGUUCUGAAGUUUCAUAAAGAACAAGAGACUUCACAAAAUCAAGAGAGACAAGGCAGAAUGGUGUCAGUUAUCUGCUAUUACAAGAUUAAUGAAUGACAUGACCCCAAAGUAGCUGGUUGGCUUUUAUGGAAAAGCAGCGUGGACUCCAGAUGCACAGCGUGAGAGGCAGCGGGGAAUGUGUGGGGUUUCAUCUCCAAAGCGUGCGCUCAUGCAGUGUCACUAAGCUCCGAGCGUUCCUGAGAUGUGCACCUGUCAGUGGGGCUUUGUCUCAAUCUGAGAGGCGAAGUGUUCUAAGCACGUGCAUUUUGCAUCCCCAAGCUGAUCUCAUAACGUUGCGGUUGGCAGCCAACCUUCCAGGCUGCAGCUUGAACUUCAGAAAUGCCUUUACUGUAAACUACUACAGUGGAACCUCAGGACGCGGGUGGCGCUGUGGUCUAAACCGCAGAGCCUAGGGCUUGCCGAUCAGAAGGUCGGCGGUUCGAAUCCCCACAACGGGGUGAGCUCCCAUUGUUUGGUCCCUGCUAGCAGUUCGAAAGCACGUCAAAGUGCAAGUAGAUAAAUAGGUACCACUCUGGCGGGAAGGUCAACGGCGUUUCUGUGCGCUGCUCUGGUUCGCCAUGCUGGCCACAUGACCCCGAAGCUGUCUGCGGACAAACGCCUAUAGAGUGAGAUGAGCGCCACAACCCCAGAGUCGUCUGCAACUGGACCUAACAGUCAGGAGUACCUUUACCUUUACCUUUACUGUUUGGGUAACGAGCUCCGCUAACCCGGAAGUAGAUGCUUCUGGUUGCAAACUUUGCCCCAGGAUGCAAGCAGAAGUCGCACGGUGGUGGCAAGAGGCCCCAUUGGCGAAACCACACCUCAUGUUAAGAACAGUUUCGGGUUAAGAACGGACCUCCAGAACAAAUUAAGUUCGCAACCGGAGGUACCACUGUAUAUGGUAAAAAUAUUGAACUGUAUCCACUGGCAUCAGUCAGCUGAUGGUAAAGGUUCUGUCAGGAGAGCAGGGAAGGAAGGAAUUUUCAGUAAUUCACUUACCACCACAUCAGCCCUCUUAAAUCUGCUCUGGAGGGGGGGUCUCCUAGUGAGGAGGGAGCUUGCAGGGAGGAGAGGGAAUUUCUAAGAACCACUUCCCUCCCCGUUUCACUGUGGAAAAGCCCUACAGUCAGCUAAGUAACACUGUUGGCUACAGCCCAGUUAUUUUCAGUACUCCUGUUUUUUUCUUAGCGAGUCCCUGAAGCAGAAAAAUUGCCCAAGAGAGGAUUCAGGGGACGCAUGUGUAAGUAAUGCGCAUCCAAAGAAAUGUCUGUAAAUUGAAGUGAUACUGGACAUGCUCUGUAACUAUCUACUUAGUGUUUUUUUCUUUGCUUUCGUUAAUUAGCUAGAUUGAGGAAACCUACUUAUCAAUUUGAAAGAAAGAGGAAAAAGAAAAGAAGUCAAACAGCUGUUCUCAACCUGUGGGUCCCCAGAUGUUGUUGGACUAUGACUCCCAUCAUCCCUGAGCUCUGGCCUUGCUAGCUAGGGGUGAUGGGAGUUGUAGUUCAACAACAUUUGGGGACCCACAGGUUGAGAAAGGCUGAAUGCAGGUUGUCCUUGUCCCCUGCUCCUCUGCUAUCCCCCCCCCCUUUUUGCAGUGUGUUAGACUGCAUUGGAGGCUGGAGUUGCUCCAGGUCUGGACAACCUGGGAUAGAGGGGCUCCUUUUAAUAGAUGGGACGACUGUGUGCUUCUGGGCCCUUUGGCCUGCUGCUUAUGGCUGCGGGCCAUGUGGCCUUGGCUUUUUAUAUCAUUCUGCUUUGUACGUAGCAGGGGUGUGUGUGUGUUUUGCUCUGGUGUACUCUGCUAGGCAGGCCUUUCCAUCUAUUUUUAACCUGCACUACCAGUGACUAGAGGAAGAUUGUUGCUUUCCUUGUGUAACUGGCGAAGAAGUGUAAUCAGCUGGCUUCAGCUCAAAGCCAGCCUUUACUUUAUUUGGAGAAGAAGAAAAAGCAGCGUACUUUGGAGUGGAUUGUAGCUGCAUGCUUCAGAGGUAGGUGAUAGCAGCUGGCGAGAAGAUCAGGCUCCUGACAGGUCCCAGUGUCUGAGGACAAGAGACUUUUAACAGCCGGGAAUGGACCUUCUCAUGGCACGAAAAAGAAGACUGAAACUACUGGUCCGGCUUUAAGCUGUCACCUGAAACUGCAGUUUUAAUGAAUGGGCUUCGGGAAAGGAGACUUGAAGCGCAGAAUAAGUUGCGGGCAGAAGAGAAAGUGACCAGUUUGUUUUCCUAGGGGUUUUUUAAGGGUUAAAGGAAUGCAUUUGGAUAGUGAUGGAAUGGAUGACAUCAUCACUGAAGUAUCCACAUUGGAUGUGGAGGGGAAUUAUAAAAAGGUAAGAGACACAAAAGGGCUCUUUUGUCUGGGAACAAUUGCUGCUGUUUGCAGGAGAGAAACAAAUCCGGGCCUGUGCAGUUGCAAAAAAGAAAGAAAGAAAAAGCAUUCACAAAACAUCCUUCAAGGAUGCAAAAACAGAAAUAAAUGUACAUGUUCAUGACAGUGUCUCUUUAGUUCGCUAUAUAAUGACAUUUGUUGUCAUAAUGAAUGUUUUCACCAACUUUCUGUUAAGCUUUAGUUCAGAAUAUUGCAUUCUACAUACUUUUUGGUUUGGCUAUAUAAAACAUUUUAACUGUCAGCAUUGCAGAUCGAUGGAAAUCAGGUGCUAGGAGUGUAUUGAUGUAGUAUGUUGUAGUAAGUUAGGCAAUCCAGUUUUGAUUAAUGUUUGAAACUUGAAUGGUCUUUUUUUUUCUUUUCUCUCUCUUUCUCACUUCUCCUACCACCAACCCAUUGAAUAGAAACUUUUUAAAUUGAACAGUAUAGUGAGUUUACCCAGGGUGUGGAGAGUUUAUAUAAACUGCUGCAUUGGCAUGUCUUUAAAAAGCAUGCCAGCUGCAGUAUGGAACUUUAAAUAUAGUAAUUGUCUAUGUCUGGUAAUAACAGACAUACUUAAAAAUAACUUUAGCUGCAUGGCUGAGGUCUUGACAUCAAAUUACAAGAAUAUGCCAGUUCUUAGCCUAAGAGUGCCCAAAAGUUCCACUCUUUCUGUAUUUGUCUUCUUCUGGCCAGAACUUGUUGCCUUAAGAAUCUGUUGAUGGGUUUCUGAAUGCACAGAUUUCCUUUAUGUAUGGAAUUUGACACAUUUUACCGUCACUUUGGCUUAAUGGAAAGUUUAGUGAUACCUACUUUGUUGCCUACAAAUACGUUUUGUGAUUUAUUUAAUUCUGCAACUGUAUGUAUUAAUUUUGGAAAGCUAAUGACACCUACCUUGUGGGACAUGGAGGCUGUUGUACCAGCUGGGGGAGGCCGUAAUUCCAAGCAUAGCAUGCAGUUUGCACGCAGAAGGUCCCAAAAGUUCAGCCCUCGACAUCUCCCUUUAGUGGAAUCUCCUGUAGCAUGAAAUAGUCAGAAUGUGACUUGCAGUCUGGCUAACUAUAAGGAAGCUUUAUAUGUUCAUAGUUGGAGAACUUCCAACACACUAGCUUUAUAAAUUUGCUAUAAAAAAAAUCCCAUAAUGGUCAGAAACUCUGAUACUAGUGUCCGAGAAUAUUAUCUUUUUUCCAUCUCGCUCCUUGGCUGGUACCUCAAAUAUUUGUUUCUGGCUCUUUUGAAGCCUAGAUAUUUGAAAUACAAGUUAAUUUUGGAUUCUGCCAUCUUUGAAUUGCCUUUAUGUUACUAUCGGACUAAAUAAACAUUCUAAUUAUAGUGUUUUGUUUGUGUUUCUAGAAAACUUAGUAAACUAUAUGCAGUAAAUGAGAUGGAACAAUGGAAGUAACAAUUUGACUUGUUCUGAACUCUUCACGGCUUGCAUUUCUGGCUGUCUACCCUUCUUGCAGCCAUAUUUCUAUUGCUAUAAAUGCCACGUUGGUAAAGUGUUCUAGAAAAUAUGCACAUGAACAUAUCCUCUUAAUACGAAAGGCCUUGUAUUGUGAGAGGAAAGGGGCAAUGAUACCUAAUAAGAGACCUGUCAGUUUCAUAUAAAUGUUGACAUACUGUUCUCAUUGUGCAUGUAUGCAAUGUAAAGCUCACCGUGAAUGUACACCAUUAACACAUAAAACUCAUUUAUUGGUAAUAUCUGGAAUAAAGUGUCCUUUAAAAGGGUCAAUAAAAUUAUCCUCUGACGUGUUAUUGCUGCCGGUUGAGCAAUCAGCUAAUGAUCCUGCUAGCUUUUGUGAGACUCAGGCUCUCCUUUAACAAUUCAGACAAAAUGAUAGGAGUAAGUCGGCAGCAUUUCUGAAGCACCAUAAAAAGCAUCAAUAAAACAGAGGGGCCGCAAAGCUUAUCCAGUGAAGUUUUGUUUGAAGCACACCAAUUUGGGCCAGAUCGAGAAAUACUCUUGGAAAUAAAGUGCUACAUCUGGAGAUUUCCUGUAUCCCGAGUUACUUCAGCCCCGGGUGAUUUUCUACAUAUUUGCAGCAAAUCUUGUUGGCUAAAUUGGUUCUUUCCAAACUGUGCUGAAGACAACAGUUCUUCACCACACCUGCUGAGAGAACAGAAUGGACUGAAAGGAAGUGGCAGUGUUAAUCAUCUGAGCUAGUAGGACAUAACUAAGUAGAACUGGGUUGGCCAUGUAAAUGGUUUUGAAGAUAUAGCUACCAUAUUGAAACCAUCCAGGAAAAUAGAAUAUAUCCUGGUAAAAUAAUGACAUGAAAGCUGCAUAAAAAUAUGAGCAUUUUGUGAAAUAAUAGGACGUGGGCACUGGAGGAUGCCACCUGUGUUGGAUCCAGAUUUUGUAGGUUCCUUGGGCAAGACACUCUCCAUGUGUCCUCCCUGUGUGAUUUUGUCUCCUCGCUGCAGUAGGUCAAGUGGGCUUUUGGCAGUGUUCCUGACCCCCUCCCAGGGUGUCAGCUGAUGCUGACACUUGACACAGCCUCUGAACACCACACUGGCUACCCUUGAUGGUAUGGCAGUGGUGAAACCAACUGCAUUGUGUGUGUGGUGGUUUAUACUACUUUCCCCCGCUUUCAUACAGAUUAAGCUUGCAUUACAGAACAAAAUGUAAUUCAUGCUAUUAUGUGAAGGACCUGUAAGUUCUUAAAGCUUUAGGAGGCAUCCCCAGAGAGUUACAUCUCAGUAUCUCUUGAUGUUAUAUCUGUGCAGCUCCUUGUUUGGUGCAGAUCACAUGAUAGGUAUUACCCAGGUUUUACUGAAGCAUGUAUCAAAACAACCAUUCAUGUUAAUGGAACCAGAUUGCACCAAACAUGAAUCUUGAGUUUUAUGGUGGCUGUGCUAGAUCUUUGCAUUCUAGCUGAGAGUUGUUAGAGGACACCUAACUACAAUUUGCAGAGUUCCCUGAGGUGAGGGAUUGACUGUUAAACCAUUUGGGGAAUUGGAGCUAUGUAAAGACGCGGGUGGCGCUCUGGGUUAAACCACAGAGCCUAGGACUUGCCGAUCAGAAGGUUGGUGGUUCGAAUCCCCGAAACAGGGUGAGCUCCUGUUGCUCAGUCCCUGCUCCUGCCAACCUAGCAGUUCAAAAGCAGGUCAAAGUGCAAGUAGAUAAAUAGGUACCGCUCCGGCGAGAAGGUAAACGGCGUUUCCGUGCGCUGCUCUGGUUCGCCAGAAGCGGCUUGGUCAUGCUAGCCACAUGACCUUGGAAGCUGUACGCUCGCUCCCUCGGCCAAUAAAGCGAGAUGAGCACCAUAACCCCAGGGUCAGUCACGACUGGACCUAAGAGUCAGGGGUCCCUUUACCUUUAAAGAAGCAAGGGGUCUCCUUUCCAUCCUCAGCAUCCUUAACAAACUGUGCUUCCAAGGAUUCUGUUUAAAGUGGUAUGUUACUGCCUAAGUUCUACUCAGAGUCGACUCAGUGAAAUCAGUGAACCUAAGUUAACAAUGUCCAUUGCCUUCAGUGGGUCUCUAGCAUUGAAUACAGCCCAAUAGUCAGUCUAAAAUAAAAAAACCCAGCUUUCCAUGAGCUGGACUAUUUCAAUAGGAAGGCUGCUGGGUUUUUAGAGACUGAACUUGCAAAUGUUUAGGAGGAGAGGAGAAUUAUUAAAAAGUAGAUCAAUGGCCUGUGAAACAACCUUGCAGUGUAUAAACAUAUAAAUAUUUGGCCAGUAGACUUGUAAACCUGUUAUAAUAGCUAGCGCUAACUUGUCUUUAGAUGAGUUGGCCAGCUUCCUCAACUGUUGUUUAGCUGCCAAAGUUCAUAGCGUAAACCCCAAGCUUCCAAUAUGCAGGUGCAACAUUUGGCUUUUUAAUGGAUUGGAAAGACCCCAUGACCCCUGCUACCACACAGUGAAAAAUAAAACCAACAUUGUUGGGCCAUAAGUGUGUGUACACUUCCUUUUUUAAAAAAAAGAUAUUUAAAAAAUGCAUAAAACAAUUUUCUAGUAACCCACUGGUGGUCUGCUGUGGACUUUUGCUGCAGCCAUAAGGCUCCUUUUCUGCCUGCCAUUUUAUGAUGAUGCUAAUUAUGCCAGUUUCCGUGCUCUCAUUAGUUACUGUGCUAACUGUGUCAUUGCUCCACCUGCACAGGCAUGUCCAAAGUCCGUUUUGGGGGCCUAAACCGGCCCUUUGGCCGGUUUUAUCCAGCCCCUGUGGCAGUUCAUUUACUGGGGCCAAACAAACAAAGCUUCAAUCCUAAGAAAAGGUCAACAACUUCAAUCCUAAAAAAAGGUCAGCAACUUUGGUCAGCCCUCACGUAUGUUCACUUCAUCAAAUCCGGCCCUCUUUGAAAAAAGUUUGGGCACCCCUGGGUCUACUGCUUGCACUUGCAUCAUCCUCACAAUUUAAUUAGUCUUUUUAUUCUCCCCGUGUCCUCCCAUGAGCCACUCUAAUUGUAGGUAAAACAUGAGUAACUUAAGUAUUACGGCCGCAGAUCUUAUGCAUAGAUGUGAUGCAACCAACAGAUCAAUUGCACUGAUGCACAAGUACUUGCAAAUCACUACGUGCAGCACUUGAGCUGAAAAUGGCACACUCUCUUUUAAUCUCUACAAACUGAUGCAAGUGUGAUGGCCUCAGAUAGGGGCAGAUAGAUCAGUCUGUUUCUGGUUUCUGUCACACAUUGAUCUGCAAUUUAAAACCACGGAGUUGUCUCUCCUUCCCUCAUGCACCCCAAAAAUCAACUUCAGAGGGUCCCCCAAUGUCUAACCUCAUAUGUGCCCACUCAACUGCUUCAAUCUCCAGCAGUGGCGCGGUUAUAGGUGCCACCCAAUAUUUGCUCCGCACUUGUAAGAAAUCAUUCUUUCAGUUUCAUCUACACUUUGGAACUCCCUGUCAUUGACAUCAGGCAGGUCCCUUCACAUCUAUUCCUUUCAGCAUCUGCUUAAAACAUUUUUUGUUUAGGCAAGCCUAUCCUGACACACAGAUGUUGACAUGUUUAAUCUCUUUUUCAUUUACUGCUGCUUUUAUUUUUUAAAUGUUUUUAACUACUUGUUCUUAAGUUUUUAUUGAUAGUCAUAAUAUUUCUUGUAAACUGCUUAGAGGUUUUGGUACAAUCAAGUGGUGUGUAUAUAUUGUGUUGAAUAAACAAAAAAAGGGGGGUGACAGGGGAAGGGAGGCGGGAAUUCUGUUGCACAAGUGGAAUAACAGUGUUGGAUACAACACAGACACACGCAACACCUUAUUUUCUGUAUCUUUUUACAUAACAUGCAUUUAAAAUAAAUGUAUUUAUAUGCUUUUUAUCCCAAUGUAUGCAAUUUCAUAUGCAUUUUUGGCAUGUUUUAUGAGCCAGGGACUGUUAUCGCAAAGUUCUAAAAAUCCUGGAAACUGAACGUGCAUUCCAAUUUAGGUAUUUAAUCCAGGAAAUGUGAAUCAGCUCAGUUUGCUUUUAAAAAUGUGUUCCAGACUAAAGCAUCCCUAGCUUGAGAGCCAUAGAUCUGGAUUUUGCCAUGCAACCUUAGUCAAUAUUUGCCCUUUAAACUGCUGCAUGCAGUGUGUAGGAACUCUGUAGAUUUUACACUGAGACUUGCACAGGUAUCAGGCUCUGUGAAGUAACACUUGACUCACCGACGGAUGGAUAACAUGUUAUGUGGUGUUGCUUUUUAACAUACAAAUGUGUAUUUGAAAAAAAAGUUUGUUUUAAACAAAAACUGGCCAGUGCAAUGCCCAGAUGGUGAAAUUAGCUCCUGCAGCAAACUUGGAAGAUGAAGGAAAUUGAUUUGUUGAGGACUUUACUUGUAGGAUGUUGUGCUGGGUGAUGGUCCUUGUUCUGCCUUUAGCCUAUGCAUUUCAUUCCUUCCAUAGACACAACCACAGUGCUCACACACCAGAAGGGUGAUGCUGUCAGUUUAGAGAAACCUUAAGGUUUUUAGAAGUACAAAUAAUAUUUAGAAAGAAACUUUGAAGGGUUGGGAGUGGGCAAAAGCAGCAUGUGAGGAUUGGGCAUGUUAGUGGCUGCAUAGAACUGAGGGUGGGGGUAAAAGAAUGGGGGAAAACAGGGACCACCUUUUGUUGCAGGUCCCACUCGUUCUUACUAACAUGAGAAAUGGCGAGUGUCUUCUUUCUAUCAAUGCCAGCUUGAUAAAGAAGGAGGGGACUUCCGGUGGUCGGCAGUUGACAAAUUCAUUUUGGGCUUUGGGAGUGAUUUGUGGCUACUGUGAGCAUGGACUGCUGUUGGGAGUAAUGUAGAAACUUCCAUGUGAAAGCUUCAUGGAUAGCUCCAUUGGUUAGAGUGUGGUGCUGAUAAUGCCAAGGUUGCAGGUUCAAUCCUUGCAUGGGGCAGCUGCAUAUUCCUGCUAAUUCAAAGAGUGAUCCUCAGGGUUUCUUCCAACUCUAUGAUUUUAUGAUAUGCACCAAGCAUGCCAUUCUGGCUGAAAAUAUUCUGUUCACCACAGUUUUUGUUGGCUAUUGAUGUCUGCCACUGUCAAAUCUUACAGAUUUUUUAAAUGCUUGACUGGUAUUUCUUGGUUUUUAUUAUUUUAAUUGUAUUUUUGUUUUGCAUAUUGUUCUUUUAUGAUGCCUCUUCUUUUGCUUCCUUCUGUAGUGGUUUAGCCUCUAAGCGACUGGAUGUUGCUACAUCUAGAUUUAUGUUUUAUUUUGACAGUGUCCAAGAUUAUCCUUACACAACUGUCUCCACAUCUUUCUCUGAAUUCUCCCCCCACUGCAGGAAAACAGCUUCAUAAAACAGCAGUGCAGAUGGAAGCAUCUUCAGUAGCAUGUAAUAGAUUGGAUGAAAAACAAAAUCUAAUGAGAGAGCCCCCUGAGGUUCCUUUUCUGUUAUAGCAGCACUUGUGGCAAAGUGAAAAUGAAUAUACCAGCUUAUUAAGUUCAGCCACUGUGCUCUUAAAGUUAUUGAUUUUUCCCUCAUGUUGCAGUUUGUUUGCCGCUGCACUUUUUUUGAGACAGAAAAGCUAUAUACCAGAUGCAUAGUGCGCCAUACGUUUCAAAGGAUGGUUCUUGGAAGCAUUCAGUUAGCAGUCGUAUCUAUGGGCAAUCGCUAAUGAAUUCUGCUAAUGGUGAUGCUCCUGAAAAUCACUAGGCUGUAAUUGCUUCAGAUUAGACAGCGUGGCACCAGGUUCCAACUCUAAUAAACAAAAGUAUGAAUUAAAACCUAUUGUUGCUUAGGUUGAAUCCGUAGAGGGAAUUGGGAAUUUGCAGUUUGUUUGUUUGUUUGUUUGUUUGUUUGUUUGUUUGUUGAAUGGAUCAGGCCAAAGGCCCAUCUAGUCCAACAUAGCUCAGUAGGUAGAGCAUGAUAUUCUUAAUCUCAGGGUUGUGGGUUCAAGCCCCAACUUGGGCAAAAGUUUCCUGCAUUGUAGGGGGUUGGACUAGAUGACCCUUGGGAUCCCUUCCAACUCUCUACAUAUGUAUGAUUCUAUGAUCCUAUUCUUAGAGUGGCCAACCAGAUACCUGUGGGAAAACCACAAGCAGUCCAUGGGACUCUGGGGUAAGCUGAUGGGGGCCAUAUGCUAGUGAUGAGUGGGGCAUGGCCAAGAGUGGGUGGGCAGCCACUUUUCUCACUUUCUGAUGCCCCCCUUUUCUCUUUUACACUCUUACCUCCUGCACUGCAAACUGCCAGGUCUUGCCAGAGAUCUGAACAGUUUGCUUACAGAGGGCUUUCCACCCCUCAACACACACACACACCCAUCCGUCUUGGCUUUUUAGCCCUUCUAAGCUCUCUCCAUUCAAUGAAAUUUGGCCAAGGACCACAGGUUGCAAACCCUGGAGUUCAAAACUACAACUAAUCCAGAAUGCGGCAUCUAGACUGGUGACUGGGGGGGCCGCCAAGACCACAUAACACCGGUUUUGAAAGACCUACACUGGCUCCCAGUAUGUUUCCGAGCACAAUUCAAAGUGUUGGUGUUGACCUUUAAAGCCCUAAACGGCCUCGGCCAAGUAUACCUGAAGCAGCGUCUCCACCCCCAUCGUUCUGCCCGGACGCUGAGGUCCAGCACUGAGGGCCUUCUGGUGGUUCCCUCAUUGCGAGAAGCAAAGCUAUAGGGAACCACGCAGAGGGCCUUCUUGGUAGUGGCGCCUGCCCUGUGGAACGCCCUCCCAUCACAUGUCAAAGAGAUAAACAUCUACCUGACAUUUAGAAGACAUCUGAACGCAGCCCUGUUCAGGGACGGUUUUUAUGUGUGACAUUUUAAUGUAUUUUUAAUCUUUGUUGGAAGCCGCCCAGAGUGGCUGGGGAAACCCAGCCAGAUGGGUGGCGUACAAAUAAAUUAUUAUUAUUAUUAUUAUUUAUCAUAAAAUUCAGAACUGUGGUUGGCUUAGGCAAGAAUUGUCCAAUCUGGAAGUACAGCAUGGAGUGCCGUGGUCAAGUUAUCUCUCUCCCAAAGGGGCCAUAGCUGGUGAACCAGCUAGAGAUGGGCCUCAAAUGACAGUUGGAUCCAGGAGUAAUCUCAAGCUAUGACCUGCUCCUUCCAGAGUAGUGUAACCCCAUCCAUAGCAAGCCAUCUUCCCACUUCCUGGACUCAAGAACUUGGAACAAAUGAUGACUUCUUGCAUUGAGUCAGAUUGUUAUAAGAUGUGUGGUGUUUGUCGUGUAUUCUGUUGCCUCUGUGGCUCAUACACUGCCUUGUGUAUAGCAGUGUAGAAAGGCAGUAGACAAAUUAAAGGCAAAAAUGAACUGAAAUAACACUUGUGUCAGGAUCACCUAGUGACUAGUCUGAGACAAUAUUCAACAUGUAUUCUCUAUUUGAAACAAAUCAAGAGGGUACAUAAUAUCAUUGGCGCUUUAUCUCCUUGUCUCAAAUUAUAGCACUGAGUGCUGAAAAUGUUGGAUUAACUUUAAAGUUCUGUUUACAGGAAUGUGGUCUGCUGUCAGCGGUUUGAUGAUAAUUGUUCUAGUUGUGUGUUUUUUUCAGGCUCAAAAAAAUGAGAGGGAGUCUAUCAGGCAAAAACUGGCGCUUGGAAGUUUCUUUGAUGAUGGCCCAGGAAUUUAUACCAGCUGUAGUAAAAGUGGGAAGCCAAGCCUUUCUUCUCGGUGAGUGAAAAUGGCACGGUGAACAUUUAUCAUUUUAAUAGCUUCCAUGUGGCAUAAUAUCAUAGAGUUAUGCCGCGUGGCAUAAUAUCAUAAAGUCCAGGCUUUUGAGACUGUGACAUUAUCUUCAGUGUUCUGUCCGUCCAUGAUUUAACUACAAAGAGAAACCCCUCCACUGUCUGAGCUUCUAAGCUUCUCAUCUUCUGUCUCCCCCCCUCCGGCAUCUGUUUGCCCAACAGUACCGUGCAUUUCCAAUGUUGUGUGUGAAUGUCAUGCUUGCUUCCAUUUCUGUGACUGUCAGUCAUUUUCCCAGAACUUCAUUCUGUGUGCCUUUCAAACAUGUUGGUGAAAGGUAUGGUUUAAUAUACUAUUCCAUAAGCCAUCUCAAACUCAGCAGAGGUGAGGAUAUAAAUAUUUAAAGAAACAUCAAUAACAUCUGUAAUGAAUAAUUUCUUCAGCUGCUUUAAAGAUUUUAAAAGUGCUCAGCACAUUAAGUCUGGAUACUGUUUGAAUUAUCAGUGUUACUUAAAAGCCUUUUGAAGUCUACACUGAGUUACACACUGCACUUAACUGAGUUUAUCUGGCUAUUCCAGUGGCUAGUCAUGACGCUUUUCAUUUGUUAAAGUCAUAUAUUUAGUGACGUCUCGCUUUUUGUACUAUGUAUGAUUGUUUGCCUUUGGCUAAGCCAGGUGUAGGCAAACUCGGCCCUCCAGAUGUUUAGGGACUACAACUCCCAUCAUCCCUGACCACUGGUCCUGUUAGCUAGGGAUGAUGGGAGUUGUAGUCCCAAAACAUCAGGAGGGCUGAGUUUGCCUAUGCCUGGGCUAAGCAAUAAAGGUUUGGAUUUAGUGGGAGAUUUCAAAUGUAUUACAAAGAAAUACAAAUAAUUUUAUGAAGCAGCACUGCCUCCCUUCAGACAUCUGAACUCAAGGAUAUAAAUUUGAGUACAGCCACCCAAACCCCCAGUCUUACACUGUCAUAUAAUUGUAUAUUCUUUGAGAAGGCCCUUUAUACUUUGUAAGAAAUCCAGUCUCUUGCCUCUGUCGUAAAAUUCUGAAUACUGCACGCUUAACACGGACAAAUGCCACAGCAGCUGUAAAUGCUUUAAUGGUAACCAAACUUUUAUAUAGGCAUGAUAAAUAAAAGUGUGUGAAUGGUCAGUCCUGAUGAAAAUUUAUUUUCAACAUAAAUGUAGAAACCAAAGAGCAUUUGUGCAUGCAGUGGUGAGCUGUUAUUGCCUGUGGGAGACUCAUCAAAAUAUACAUUCUCCAGUUUAUCACUGGAAAAGGAUUUUGUGGCUCCUGGUUAUUUAAACAAGCAAUGCAUUAUCUGGAAGGAUAAAGGACAAGUGUUCUUUCAACAUCCCAUUCUCCAUUUUGAGGCCCAAACAAGAGACCAUGAUCCUUUGUUGACAAUAAUAAGAAUUGGACUAAGGGUGCCUCCCCACACCAAAUAUUUGGUGCUCAGCUCUCUACUUUUCUUUGAGGACACAACCUGAGUUAAAGUGGCACUUUGGGGGGUAAAAAUUGUAUUAAUCACCCACCACGUUGCAUAUGGCCACAACCAUUGCAGAAAAACUUCAUGUUUCAAGCACCUAAUUUUGUUACCUUCCAGUAGUAGCAGUUGUAAUAGCUCCUCAACGGUGGUAUAGUGGUAAAUUUUUGAAGCAUAGGAACUCACCGUGACAGCCCUGCCUACCCUUGAAGCCACACCUUCCAAGGGCACUCCAAAAUCACAGGCUGGGGAGACCCCUGUUCAUAUCUAUGUUCAGUCAUGAUGAUUCCUGGGUGACUUUGGGCCUGUCACUCCCUAAGCCUGCCCUACCUAACAAAGGUAUAUCGUAUUUACGGGACCGCCUCUCCUGGUAUGCCCCACAGAGGAGCUUAAGGUCCAUGAAUAAUCACAGUUUAGAGGUCCAGGGCCCUAAGGAAGUCAGAUUAUCCUCCACCAGGGCCAGGGCCUUCUCAGUGAUGGCUCCAACCUGGUGGAAUGCUCUGUCCCAUGAGACCAGGGCCCUGCAGGAUUUAUCUUCCUUCCGCAGGGCCUGUAAGAUAGAGCUAUUCCACCUGGCUUUCAAUUUGAACUUAGCCUGAUCUUUUAUUCCCCUUCCUUCCCUCCCCCUCCCCUUUUUAUGAAGAUUACCCACUCUGGGAUCCCACAGCUAAUUCUUCCCUGGCCUCCUCGCUGGCCCAAAUAGGACUAAUUUAGCUAGCUAGCCCUGGUGAUAAUCUAAUGUUUAUUGGAUGGAUUUUCCCCCUAAUUUGUUUUUUGAAUUCUGAAUUUUUUGUUAUUCACGUUUUAUACUGUAUUUUACGCUGUUUUUUGUUGCAUCAAUUAAGUGUUUUAAAUUUGUUGUUAGCUGCCCUGAGCCCGGUUUUCUGAACUGGGAAGGGCGGGGUAUAAAUAAAAAAAUUUAUUAUUAUUAUUAUGUGCCAGGCCAGAUUUGUCCCACUCCACAAGCUUGAACAUGGUCAAAUACUGCUCUGUUAGGGACCCCUUGGGACCACUUCCUCUUCUGUGGCGCAGGUUCAUGGUAGAGCAGGAAACAUAUGGCACGUGGAUGUCUCAUGCAAGCAGACACAAGUUCACACAUGCAAAUGUCCUGACUGCUUCACUGAUUAGGCUUUUCUUUGCACCCCAAAGCCACAUUCAUUGAUCCCCUGCAAGGGUACGGGUUCAGGCAAAAUAGUCUCCGAAUGGCACAGCCUGGCACUUUCAGAGUUCCCAGGAAGGGUCUGUUUUUCACGCACAGGAACCCAAAAGUCAAAUUUCCUUGAGGAGGCAAGGGCAGCCAAGUGUGGACUUCCUACCCUAGCACUGAUUGAAAGUCAUCUGUUGUUUUUCUUCCUCUGAUUUUCAAGGUUCUUUGGAAAACAAAGAACAAGAAGGCCUGGUUCUUACUCUGGCUACCUUUUAAUAGAAAAUUUAACAACAAGAGUCAGGAAGGAAAAGGAAAAAAAGAAAACUUCAGUCAUAUUAAUAGUACAGUAGCCAUCGGUACCUCCAUCUCAGUUUAAGCAUACAAGUCAAUAUACAUAGCCUGAUAGAUAUUCAGGACUGGCCCGGAUUCUGAUCAUAUGUAUGGCUACUGGGACAUAAGUCCUACCAUAUUAAACAAACUCACUGCCUAGUUGAUGUGCAUGGGAUGGGAACUUACAGCAUACUCCUAUGCAUGGCUACUCAGGAAAAAAUCCUAUUGAGUUCAGUGGUACUUUCUCUCAGGCAAGUCUCUCUAGGACUGCAGCGUUUGUCUCCUAGUUUUCUCUCUCUGAACUCCUCAACAUUUUCCCUAUAACGUGUGUGCUGGUAUUAAGAACAGAGGUUAUGACUCACAAAGGAGUAAGGAGUUAAUCUAUUUCCCUUUGCAAACAAUGCUAGAAUAAAGCAAAGGAACAGUAUAUGUUAUCACACCCUUCCCCGGGUAGCUAUAAUUUAUGCUUCAGGCCUAAAGCCCAUUGAAUGUCUUGUGCAGCAGAAAAAGACAUGGCGUAAAAAUGUAAGUAUGCAAUUAUUCAUUAUAUAUUGCAUAUUAAUAAUGCAUCCAAAGAGCCAUUAAAGUAAAUGGAAAAUAAUAUUUUACUGUCCAUUUCCACUGAAGAGUAAUACAAGAUUAACUCUCCUGGGGAUGGGGGCACAAAGGAGGCAUAGCAUGAAUCAAAGCCCAUGUUUAUUAGUUACACAUGUCUUGUCUGCCAGGUGAUAUGUUUUGUUUACCAUCAUAUUUCAAGUUCUUAAUGAAAUAACAAAUUAGAAAUGGUUCUUCUGUGAAUCGCAGUCGCUGUAUGGAUAUUCCAUAUCUGUCCAGAGGAGGGAAAAACCCGUAUGCUUCUGUAUUGUCUACAGAGUCUCGGUGGCUAUAAAUCACAGUUAGCAUUUUUAUGGCUUGACAUUACACAGCUUAGGAAUUUUGUCAAGGGAGAUGGCUGAAUAGAAGUCCAGAUGGCCAGAAGCAUAACAUCACCACAAUCACAAUAAACACCUUUAUGGAAGAAUUGUUUCUGACUAGAGAGACCAGCCGAAUGCAUCAUCGAAAGAACGCUUUAAAAAAUAAUCUCUUCUCCCUGCCUUGUGUACAAGUUAAUAUAAUACUUUAGCAGGUGCUCUCUGUAUGCACAAAUAACUGGAUGAUUGGUGAAUUUUAAAUUUAAUCCUUUAAUGUGCAUGUGGCUUCCAUUACAACCCAUUCCUUAUUUAUGAUAAAAGGAUGCCUAAAGUUGCAAGAAAGUGCUACAGGCCACCUUGUGGCUGAGAUCAUGUUCGAUUUUGGAAUAAAGGAACCAUUAUGUACAUUAUACCAGUAAAUAGGUUGUUAAAGUAUUGCCUGCUGAUUUAAGCGAGCACAGAGGGCCAAAGACACUGCUAUUCAGCUUUGGACAAUCCACUGGCGCUGGGUGGUUUCUGUUGUUGUUUUUCUUCCUUUCUUUAUAAAGCAUUUUAUUGCUUUUUAACAUAUAAUAAACACAAUUUAAAAACACAGUAAACACCAACCAUGUCAGCUUGUCUGUCAUUUCUUGGGAAAAGGCGUAACAGCAGCUUAAAACUAGAACCACGACUUUGUUGUUGUUAUUGUUGUUUAGUCGUUUAGUCGUGUCCGACUCUUCAUUACCCCAUGGACCAGAGCACGCCAGGCACUCCUGUCUUCCACUGCCUCCCGCAGUUUGGUCAGACUCAUGCUGGUAGCUUCGAGAACACUGUCCAACCAUCUCGUCCUCUGUCGUCCCCUUCUCCUUGUGCCCUCCAUCUUUCCCAACAUCAGGCCAAAGUAUUGGAGCCUCAGCUUCAGGAUCUGUCCUUCCAGUGAGCACUCAGGGCUGAUUUCCUUAAGAAUGGAUAGGUUUGAUCUUCUUGCAGUCCAUGGGACUCUCAAGAGUCUCCUCCAGCACCAUAAUUCAAAAGCAUCAAUUCUUCGGCGAUCAGCCUUCUUUAUGGUCCAGUUCUCACUUCCAUACAGAACCACGACUUAGAAUCAGUUUAAAAUGUGUAUUGAAAACUCUGAUCCAGUCAGUCUCUCCAGAUGUUUCCAUGGGUCUAGGGAGGUUUGUCUCAACUUCCUGACUUAAUCUGUCCCAAACAAACUUGAAAAUCUCUUUAUCACCUCAUUCACUUGCCAGAGCAAAGAGUGUCCUGGUGCUCUGGCAGAUCAUAUUGUUGCUUCUGUUCUGAAAAACAUCCUGGAACCAUGACACACACACACACACACACCCUGCAUCCUUGCUCAGCUUCUUGAAUCAUCUUUGAAGAGACAUUCCCCCUUUUUAGACAGGAAGGAAUUGCUCUUCUUGACAUCUGGAGACAGACACAGACGCACAGACACACACACUUGUAUUAAAGAUACUAAACAGCCUAUGAUGUCUGCCCUAAUGCAUUCACGAAUCAUCUGGAGUUCUGUUUUUCUCACCUGCACAUUUAUGCAGGUUUAAUUGACUAAAACUCAUAUGACUUUAAGAUUUUUUUAAUCAGGCAAUGGUCCUAUUUAUAAAUGGUGAUUUAAAGAAAAAACAGAGUUACAGUGGUUAACGGAUUCUUCAGCUAGAUUAAUCUUUCUUUUUUUUUAAUGCUUAUAAAAACUGCAGGUGGCAACCAUCUUACAAGAAACACUUUCAUUCACACACAGGGCCAGUACCUUGUGUAUAUCAUCAGAAAAGUUCCUUCUUACUUCAGAUAUACUGUUUUACCUGUAGGCAAUUCUACACAAAUUUAAUUGGUUGUUUAAUUGACUAAAAUUAAUAUCUUACAUAUCUUAAUUAGCACUAUGCGACUAAGAAAUAGUGCCUGAGUUUGCUUUCUUCCUCCUGAUCUCUUUCUCUUUUGUGUCAUAUCUUUUAGGCUGUAAAGCUGAAGACCGGGACUGUCUUAUUACUGAUCUUUAUAACCCUUUUUUGGCUGAAGAACAGGGUUUUAAAUGCUUUAAAUAAUAGGUGUGUUUAGUUCUACUAAGUUCAAAUAACACAGCCUAAAGCCCUGGUUCUUUGGGGGAUAGGGCUAUUGAGUAGGACUGUUUCUUGGUCUUCCCUUAAGGAAAUGCCUAUCCUGCCUUUGCCUAAAAUAGUACUCAAUGUACAGCAAUUAAAAUUGGCAGUACAGUGGUACCUCAGGUUACAUACGCUUCAGGUUACAGACUCCACUAACCCAGAAAUAGUACCUCAGGUUAAGAAUUUUGCUUCAGGAUGAGAACAGAAAUCGUGCUCUGGCGGCGCAGCAGUAGCGGGAGACCCCAUUAGCCAAAGUGGUGCUUCAGGUUAAGUACAGUUUCAGGUUAAGAACUGAUCUCUGGAACGAAUUAAGUACUUAAACCGAGGUACCACUGUACAGUACUAGUGCAAUAAAUGGUUUUUGAAACAAUUUUGAAACUAUCAUGAAACAAUGUUAACUGAAAAGUUUCAUCUCCGAACAAUGCUCAGAGCAGUCUUUCUGUAACACUCAACAUUUGCUUUAUCAUUGGGACCCAUAAAGUCACUUGUGGGCCAGACUGGACAAUUCCACUUCCUAAUAAGCCUCGGAUGUGCUAGCCCUACAUCGACCUGCAGGAGCAUCAGAAACAGGGCAGAUGCAUUGGUUUGGUGCGCGUGCAAGUGUGGCCUCAUUCCUCCCCACAUGUAUGAGCUGGAUUGGGAAGAGAUAUUGCCUCCCUCGGUAUUCAGUCAUUAUGGCAAAAUGCUGUUCCUAGCAAUCCUCCACAAACAUAAGAACAAACUUUAGAAAGAAGAAACAUACACAGCACAGGAUGCUGCUGGUUUUUGCAGGCUAUUUGAAGUUCUCCUAAAUUACAACCAACCGUUCUGUUCUUAAAAUGAAUUGCAUUCAGAUGACUUAUGUCAUGAGGUUUCUGCAGCGCUCAGACGUGGUCCACAUGGGUGUCUAGCAUACAUUUGUAUAGAGGGUGGAUUCCCCAGCUCCCAAAGCUUUCAGUCAAAGAAUAUAUGGCCAGUAGGGCAGGGGGAGAAGAAGGUUGUCAAUUAAAACAAUGAGAUGGCAAGGAAAGGCCAUGUGGUGAGGAGCAUAUAAUUAUUGUGGUGGGGUUUUUAAAGAGGGUGUGUGGGCAGAUUUAUGGCAUGUGCUUUUUCUAAAGCCUUUUGAUUGACACACUUUGGGAGAUCUUGAGGGUAUUUGAAUGAGGAGGGAAAAGUUGAAUGAAUGCCAAGAUGAUAUUCAGAUCCAAGGAGCAGAAGUUGCUCCACAGAAGCCUUCCUUAUGUGCCAGAAGGCCGGUGUCUUCUAAAUGAAUACUGGUUGAAGCUAGGUGGCAUAUAUGUAUAGAACUGAUUUUCCAGGUAUUCUGAUUUUAUUCAUUUAUUUAGAUCCAACUUUACAGGUGAUAUGUAUGUACAGUAUGUACGUUUGAUGUCAAGAUUUAUAUUCUUCUUAAUAAAUAAUUAAAAUCUGAAUGGUUUAUGUGAAAUGGUAUAAAGCAGGGCUGUUGAACACGUCAAUUGCUAACUACUGAUUAACAACUCUGGCUCCCUAAAAAUCACUGCCAGUUUAUUUAUAGUGGGAAGAAUAGAUCGCAGUCUCUUGGAAGAAGCUGGACACCCCUGGUAUAAAGUAUUCUUUUUUUUUUAAGCAAUAAAACAGACAUAAUAGGAUUGCUAAACAGUAGAUAAAAACCAACGCAUUUUAAAAACAAAUAAUAAUGUACCUGUACAUAAUAAUGGCAUGUCUGGGUAGGCUUGCCUAGAUCAACAUUUUAAGCAGGUAUUGAUAACCAAUAAUGCUAUUAGGCACGGAGUUCUAGAAAAUAUCUUCUGAGUGGUUUUUAAAUGCUUCAGCUUCUUCUUCUUCUUUUUAAUUGGGGAGGCCAUUCAUGGCUAGUCAUGCACAAGAGAUUUUGUGAUUUUUUUUCCUCAACAGUGUACAAAAAAAUGGUAAGUUCUCUGGGUGCAAAGAACGCCCUUUUGAAUUUGAUUGCAGCCAUUCUGCACAAGAGCACUCAGAGCUAAUCAGGUGAACAGGAAAUUACUGUUUUGGACACAGGCAACGGCAGCUGAUUGCAUUUCUCUAAAAUAAUGUAAAACAGCAUUAGGCAGAAGGUAGGUCAAGAUCCCUGGGUGGCUUGCAAUAGUUUGGCAAGGGUUUACAACUGAGUUGUUUAGCAAUGGGAACAAUAAAAUGGCUUUUCCCAUCUAAAUUAGGCUGCUGAAAUGGAGAAAGCUAACCAGGAGUGGAUUUUUAUGCGAAAAACACUGUGAGUCAGUUCAGUUCUGGUACACAUAAUGGGCUCAGGUACCCCCUGCCCUUUCAUUCUAACUGCAUUUUGCACCUGACUCUGGGUGGUAGUUCUUGGAGAUCUAGUAAAAAAUAUAUAUAAAGUAGAAGUAGCAAGCCUGAAGCCUAUCUACCCACUCAGGUAGAAAUAGCAAAUCUGUACUUGUCUUUUGCGGGCAACUGUAAAUCCAACAGUAAAAACAAAUUGGGAUAUCUGAGUUCUAAAUGCAAUGUUGUAUUUUAUUAUUCAGACACGUUAACUGUUUUCAGAGUGAGAAUCUCCAUUAUUUACAUGUGUAAUUGUUUUUUUUAAAAAAAUUAAGUUUCUCAGAAUGCUUGCUCCCCCCCCCCCCCCCGCUUUCAAAUCUAGCACAGUUACAGCUGGGAAAUGUAUUUGCUAAGCUUUGCUAAAUUUGGAUCAUCUCAAUAUGUCGUAAUGAUAAACUCUCAUACAUAACCCAACUUUUUUCUUUGUAGCUUGUUCAACUGUACUUUAAAUAAAGCUCAAGCGAUGGUAAACAAGUUACUCAAGCAUGUAAACUGGUUUCUAGAGACCAGCAGAGAAAAGGAAACAUAGGGGAUGAUAUCGAACUCCCAGUAAGUGUAUAAGUCAGAAUCAGAUACCUGUUGGAAAUGUAAAGAGAAGGAGGGUACCUUUUUCCAUGUGUAGUAGUCAUGUAAGGUAGCAAAAGUUUUCUGGGAAAUGAUUUAUAAUAAGUUGAAAAAAAUGUUGAAGAUAACUUUUGUUAAGAAAACCAGAAGCUUUUCUUUUAGGUAUAAUUGGCAGAGACGUACCCAAAGAGCACAAAAAAAUAUUUAUGUACGCUACUACAGCUGCCCGAAUGAUUUACGCUCAGAGACAGAAAGAAGAAACAAUUCCAACGAAGGAGGACUGGCAAUUAACAUUGAUGGAGUAUGCAGAAAUGGCAAAAGUUUCUAAAAGAAUAAGAAACCAAGAGCCAAACUACAUUUUGUAUCGUUGCAGGUAGUGAUAAUCCAAUCUCUCUUCCCCUCUCCCUCUUUUUUUCUCUGUUCAAGGUUACAAAGUGGGAUGAAUUUACAGAUUUGUUUUGUAAAUGACAGUGGAAGUGACAAAGAUAGUGAUGCUGACGACAGCAAGACCGAAACAAGUUUGGAUACACCUUUGUCUCCCAUGGUGAGUUUCAGUCUUACAGAAGGUCUUGAUCCCUUGAAAAAUGUCAAUAAAUGUGCACCAAAUUCCAGGUUUUCUUUUUUUUUUUAAUUUAACCUUUAUUAAAUUUUAACACAUAAAAAGAAAAAGAAUGAAAUACUACAACUGUCAAAACAAUAUUAUACACUUCAAAGAAACAAACUGACGCAACGUAAUAUUGGCAGCCAAAACAUUACUAAGAAAGAAAUACAAUAUAUAAAUAGCGUAAAUAAAAAGUAUUUCUGGUAAGUAAUUCUGAUAUCGUGACAUUGUGUCACACUUGUUUAUUCCCCGCUUGUUAAAAAGAAGGACUGGUCUUUCACAAGAGCUUGGAGCAUAGGCUAUUUAUGUGCGUAACUUAUAAUAAGAAGCGUAGGCCUCAGUUUGUAUUGCCGGUUAUAUGUAUGGCAAGGGAUGAUGUUGCUCCCCAAGCCCAGAUCCCUCACCGCCAUUUUAUGGGUUGCCUGGGUUGUGUGCCCUAAGAACAUUGGUUGCCAUGUGUCCUCUUUUUCCAGGACACAUCCUCUUUUUCAUGGGUAGAGCUGUCAUAGUAAUCCACAGAAGUCGGCAAAAGUGUCCUCUUUUUUUGCCCUUCAAAAUGGCAACCCUAAAGUAUUAUGGGACAAGUGGCUGCUUUUAGCAUUGGCCAGUCAAUUAGGCAAGUGGGUAUAGUUCUUAGACCAGGGAUAGCUUACCUAGUGCCCUCCAGGUAUGGUUGAACUUCACCUUCCAUCAGCAGGUGAAGAGUGGUGUCAGUCGCAGUAUGAGGAUAUAGAGGUAUUUUGUGUGGCAUCACAGGGAUCCUUUCAGAUCUUUACCAUCUGCUUAGACUUGUAGCAGUUCUCUAAUGUCUCAGGCAUAAUUCUUUCCCAGCUCAGACAUCUGGUGUCCUUUAAACCAGGGGUGCCAAAGGUUUAACCCUAGAAUCUAAGCACAAUUCUGGCAGAGGGCUAGUUUUCUUCUGGUUCAUGUCAUUCACAUUAAGGCUAGAGCUAAUGUUUAUUGUUUUAAUACAGUGAUUAAAUUGCUUGCUGCUGAAUUAGACAAGCCUGAUUGUAUAUAUAUCUUGUGUCUUUUUUUCUAGAGCAAGCAGAGCUCUUCCUAUUCUGACAGAGACACUACUGAAGAGGAAUCUGAAUCCCUAGAUGACAUGGAUUUUCUCUCAAGGCAAAAGAAACUUCAAGCUGAAGCCAAAAUGGCCUUAGCAAUGGCAAAACCAAUGGCCAAAAUGCAAGUAGAGGUGGAAAAGCAAAACAGGAAAAAAUCUCCCGUAGCUGACCUUGUAAGUAUCUCGUAGGAGAUCAAUGCCUGCCAGUUGUUUCUAGCCAUGGAAGUUGCCCCAGUUGCAAUAAAGCUUUUUGGAAUUUGGGAAAGCUUAUAGCUCCAUCUGAGAUGUAAAAAAUGAGUUUUAAAAGUGGAGCAUAUUUAUUUAAUAUAUUUGAUUCAGAACAAGCAAGGAAAAUAAAGUUUUUUCCCCCUUUGUUAGAUAGAGUAUAGUAUUUAUAAAAUCUUAGUACAGUAUGUGGUAUCUAAACUUGAUAAAUUUUAUGCAUUCAGUACCUAAUGACUAAUACUCAGGGUGCUUAACAUAUAGUAGGUUACCAUCAUUAGCUAUUAUUGCUAAUACAUUAGAAAAUAUGCUGGCAGAAGUUCUUUUUUGUCAUUGUUGCUGGCCAUGACAGUGGCCUAAAGUGUUGUUGUCGUUCUUUUUAGCUGCCACAUAUGCCUCAUAUAAGUGAAUGCUUGAUGAAAAGAAGCUUAAAGCCCACAGAUCUGAGAGAUAUGACGAUUGGGCAGCUACAGGUGAUAGUCAAUGAUCUACAUUCACAGAUAGAAAGUAAGUCUUCUCCCUUGGUAUUAUGUCCUUUCGCUAUUCGUGGCACCUCGACUUAAGAGUAUAGAAACUGUUCUGUUGCAUGUGAGAGCUGACACCAACAUUGAACCAAGGAAGGACUGUAGUUCAGUGGUAGAACAUCUGCUUUGCAUGCAGAAGGCCCCUGGUAUCUCUAGGUAGGGUUGGAAGAGACCCCCUGUCAGAAAUCCUGGUGAACCACUGCUGGUCAGUGUGGAGAAUAUGGACCUAGAUGGAUCAGUGAUCUGUGUCCUCCUAGGAUUAUGGCAUCUCCAAUACAAUGGUACCUUGGUUUACGAACUUAAUCCGUUCUGGAAGUCCUUUCUUAAACCAAAGCGUUCUUAAACCAAGGUGUGCUUUUCCAUAGCAGCAGGGGACUCAAUUUACAAAUGGAACACACUCAACUGGAAGCGGAACAUUCUGCUUCCAAGUCAAAGUUCACAAACCAAAACACCUACUUCCGGGUUUGCAGCGUUCUUAAUCCAAGUUGUUCAUAAACUGAGCUGUUCUAAAACCAAGGUACCACUGUACUAGAGGGAAAUAUCUUCAAUGCCAACAUCUUCUCUUCAGAUAACAUUGGGGGCCAUUGCCCCCAAAGCAAGUUUUAAAUCAAAACUUGCUUUUUAUUCCAUGCUAGCUCAUGGCAUGUUAUAUUUCUUGUACUUUUCGUCUUAGAUAUGGAGAAGAGAAAUCACAGAUCUGGAAGUGACUUUUGACCUUCAAACUUUAGGUCAGGAAUGGCAAUUAUUCAGUAAUCUAAUGCCAACUGAGGAAGAAGGAGGCCCUCUGCACGUCCCUCUCUUUUCAGCAAUUCUUGAAACAAUAGCAUUCGAAUAUGAGUUCCCUAUAGUUUUACUAUUUAGAGUGCUUUUGCAUGAGAUGCAGAAGUGGGGGGCUAAAUGGGGGGCUAGGAAGCCAUGCAUUUGUGGAGAUCUUGCACAAAAAAGAGCAGUAGAUGCCUCUUCCACACCAUGGUUGGUUGUAGGUUUCUUCCAGCUUUGCAUGAUACCUGGAACUGUGUAGAGAAGAGGAAGCAUGUUUCCAGCUCUCUUUCAUUACAUCUUGUGCAAAGGCACAAGUAGACAACUUUAGCCCUUUGCAAUAUUUAGGCCAUACUAAAGCUUUUAUAAGGGACGCGGGUGCUGCUGUGGUCUAAACCACAGAGCCUAGGACUUGCCGAUUGGAAGGUCGGCAGUUCGAAUCCCCACGAUGCGGUGAGCUCCUGUUGUUCGGUCCCAGCUCCUGCCCACCUAGCAGUUUGAAAGCAUGUCAAGUGCAAGUAGAUAAAUAGGUACCGCUCCAGCGGGAAGGUAAACUGGGUUUCCAUGCACUGCUCUGGUUCUCCAGAAACGGCUUAGUCAUUCUGGCCACAUGACCUGGAAGCUGUCUGCGGACAAACACUGGCUCCCUUGGCCUAUAGAGCGAGAUGAGCACGCAACCCGAGUCGUCCACAACUGGACCUAACGGUCAAGGGUACCUUUACCUUUAAAGCUUUUGUGCCUGUUUGCAGUCCUUCCACUGGACUCUUUUUUGUUGUUGUUGUCUUUUUAGAGCCAAAGUACUGCUAUGCUUUUCAGUGAUACGAAUUAAUUCAUUACAGACAGAAGAGGCUCUAAAUAAAAAGAAAUUAGCACAUGACUCCAUGGCCCAUGUCAAUGUGUGCUUAUUAAUCAAAUUAGUCAAAGCAGCUGCAGUGUGGCUCUUUGCCUAGGCACCUGUGAGCUAUGCUCAGCCAAAUGUGAAUAAUUCUCCCCUGAAGUCUGUUAGUGCUGUCUGCUACUUUGGAAUUGCUGCUAGGAUGUUAGAAAAUCAGUGGACCUGCUAGAAAAUACCGAUAAAUCAGUUCUACCAUGACUUGGCUUAGUUUAAUUUUUUAAGGAGAGCAUUGGGUAAGUGACAUGCAUUUCAUGAGUUUUGAUUCUCGAGUUUGUGUUUGUAUUUUAAAAAUCUGCUUGUUUGCUUAUAUAUCACCUGCCUUUCAGAACAAAAAUCCUCCCAAAGUGAUAUACAACUGUACGCUAAAAAUGCAAAUAAUUUGUUUGCAAUAUAAAACAACCAUCCUAAAAUCAAUACUGAAAAGGAUUGUGGGAUAAAUAAAUAAAAGUCCUAUGACCCAAGUUGAAAGACUAGCAGAAUGAGGAUUUAGUGGAGUACCAGGGAGGUGAAUUGCACCAUUGUGGGGCUGCCAUUAAAAAGUCCCUGUCCCUGGUACCCUCCAACCUCACCAUUACUAAUGACAGCGCAGAAAGCAGGGGUUUCUCUGGUGUUGAAUGGGCGCACAACACAAUGGCAGUUCCUGGCACCAUUGGUAGCUGUUGCAGUUGGAGCACCUACUGCUUUCUUGCCUCUGUAGAAACAGGCUGACAUCAUAGACAGUCAAGCUUAUUUCCCUGCCAAUGUGUUGAUGCAAGUUCAGCCUUGGUAGAUCACACCCAGUUUUGAGGAUUUUCCAUCACCAACCACAACCAUAAAAAUGCCAGAAGUUCCAUGGGUUAGUUCCUAAGUUAAAGAGUUUAAAGAGUGCAUUCUGCUUUGGGAAGUCAUCCUUGGUUCUCUCAUGAGAUCUACAGUAGUGUCAUGUUGAUAUUUUUUUUACUAACGUUUGUUUUUAACAAUACCGGCCAUUGUUCUUGUUCCAUUACUUCAUCGCCUCCCUUAUUUAUAUGCCAAGCCAAAUGCCCUUCUGUUUCUUGGAGUGAGAGCCAUGUACCAUGGUGACUAACAGAUUCCAAAGUGUUAGACAUGGGGAGAACUGUGGCUAAAUGAGCUUAAACACUCUUUUUCUCUUUUCUGCUGUCAGGCUUGAAUGAAGAAUUGGUGCAACUGCUGCUAAUUCGGGAUGAAUUGCACACAGAACAGGAUGCUAUGCUGGUAGACAUUGAGGAUUUGACCAGGUUGGUAACCUUUUUCAGAUACGUCCUGUUGCAAAGGUCUCUCUUUAGACCGUUUUGUUGUGAUGAUAUAUUUUAUUUUAAUUGAUGUAUAAAAUGUCCUUCAUCCAAAGAUUUCAGGGUCAAAGUAAUUUCAAAAUUACAGAAACAUAAGAACUGUCAGAGGGAAAGCUAGGGUAUAUGUGUAUGAAUGAAUGAAUUAAUUAAUUAAUAAAUACUUAAAAUUAAAAGGAGCAAAACCAUUCAACCAGCCAAAAAUAUAAUCAAAAAUGCCUGAGGAAAUUAAAUGAUUUUAACCUGAUGCCACAAAGAAUGUAUGCCUGUGCCUGGCAUACCAUACUCAGAAUGGCUUCCUACAGUUGAGGCACCAUCACAGAGAAGGCACUUCUUUUAAAAGUGGAACACUGAGAAGGAAUUAUGAUAUAUUACUGAUACAAGGUGAAUUGUCCUCGUAUCAGGACAUUGUAAUGCUGUUUUCUGAUCAAUGCCUUUUAAGAUUAUACCCUAAAGCCACAUUAUGAUAAUGUCUUUAUUUGGAGCAACCACAAUGUUACAAGCUCAUGAACGAACUCAGAAAACUUCAUCAGACACAAAAGUGGUUGGGGGCAAAAAGCUGAUCAUAGUGCUGCCGCCCCAGAAUCUGCAGUUUAUAAGACAGAAUGCAGGCAUUAUUAGAUUAAUCUUGCAAGGUGCCAUACAUUGCUGCAUACACCCAGAACUACUAGACCAAAAGAAGCAAUCGUGGAACUACAUAAAAGUUCCACCUACAGCUCCAGUGAAAGCUUAGGUCAUAAAAAGUGCACCUGGUUCAGUAACAUAAAUCUACCACUAUUAGUGUUGUUUGCACCGAAGCAACUGUUUUUGCUGCUGUUUUUCUAAGCACCUGUUGCCAUGACUGUUUGGGGUAUGACAAAUGGCAGAUUUGGACAGUAUGCUAUUUCUUUGUGAUCCACGCUCUCUAUCAGAUUAUAAGUGAAACUUCUUUGGCCAUUGAAUCAAUUUAUAAUCUAACAUCCAGUGCCUAAUAACUUUUUCUAGUUGCUUGCAGCAACAUGGUGCUGAGCCCUUUAAUUUUGGGAAAUUAUUGCUGCUAGGAAAUGUGAAACUUGGUAAAUUUGUCUGGGCAGACAAAGAGAGUGGUCCUAAAGAUAGAGACAAAAGCUUCCUUUAUUCUGGAAUCUGCCUUUGUGAUGCCUCCUCUCAGUUAGAAAUCCCAGCUUCUGUUUUCUCCAUUUGAUAAUGUAGCUGCCAUCUAUUCUUAACUUUCCCUUCCCUUCCUAAAUUAUCUUUUCUUAAUGAUCUUGCAAUGAUCCUUUCUCACUCCUUACUUUACUGGGUAGACAAUGUGCCCUAUUAACAGCUUGCCGCUCUGUACUAAAAGUUGUCCUUACAUAUUCAGUCCAGCUACCAAGCCCUGUAGCAGGCAGAAUCAAUCAGAGUGACUUUAGACAUGAUUUCAAGACCUGGGAAGACUCCAAAAGGCAAAAUCUGGGUGUGCAUUGACCUUAGGUCCUGGCAGUUCCAAGGAAAAGGCCAAUAAUAGUGUCAAUGGCUAGCAACCAUGCUUUCAUUUUGUCCAGAAGUGGUUUCAAUUGUCUUGUCGAAGAAUGGAGCCUGUUGCAAAAAAUAGGUGCAGUUCACAGCUGCAUCCUUUGUAGUGAAAGCAGGCAUGUAGUCUUAUCAGGUGGAUGAAGUUACUCUUCUCUGGUUUACCAACAGUCUGAAUAUACUGUAUAGCUACUUGUGCUCUUGCUGUACCCUUUCAGUCAAAUCCUGUGCUGGUUUUUAAUCUUAAAGGGAAGAAACCUGUUUGCCACCUGCAGACAGAGAUGAGACUUAAUUGAACCAAAGCAAACCCAACUAUUCUUUUCUUUUUUCUGUAAUAUUUCUUUUACAGUGCGGCCCCCUAUCAGUACCAUGGUAAUUUAGCACCAUUGCUGCCAACAAGGUAAAAUACAGUAACGCCUCAACUUUCCCAGAUCCCUUUAAUCCAGGCCUUUUCUUAUUCAGUACAAACCUUUUAUGUUCUCCCCUUCUAUCUAUCCUCUGUCACCCUCUGUUCCAGGUUAUUUUCACGUUUCUCAGAUUGGCUGGUUAAAGAAGGUUGAGUAGUAACUCAGCAGCCAAAAAUGCUAAAUCAGCUCUCUUACAGCUUCCUGCUUUGUGGUAUUUGCCAACUAUUCCACUGCACUGAAACCUCUGCAACUCCAGGGAGCAUGCAUAUAUCUGGAUAGCUCAGUUGGUUAGAGCGUGGUGCUGAUGAUGCCAAGGUUGCGGGUUUGAUCCCCAUAUGGGACAGCUGCAUAUUCAUGCAUUGCAGGGGUUGGAUGAGAUGAUCCUCAGGGUACCUUCCAAAAUCUGGAGACUUGAGUAAUCCAAAUGGGAGUUGCAUUCUGAUCUGCAAGCAAGUUUGGAAAUAUUAGAGUGUGUCAGUCCACAGCAAAUAAUGAUAAUAAUAAUUGCACACCCCUAGCACUCUGUUUCUCUCAUGCACACACACACACCCUCAGCACUUGACUUCGUUGAAUUUUCUCUGCUUUUGUAGCUUAAAAAACUUUGAAGAGAGGCAGAAUCUCAUCCGCUUUACACAAAGACCAGGGAAGGGUUAGUGUGUGUGUGUGUUUUCUGCAUGCCAUUAUGUGUCUGUCUUUCGGCAUGGCAUUAUCCUUCCCCACUACCCUCCCCCACUAUAAUCUGGUGAGCAAGUCGUCAUUGACAUCUACCAGAGGACUUCUGCAUAGAGGAAAAGGUCGGUGUGCUCACUAUAGUAUGUUCUUGCAGAAAUCUGCUGCUGCAAAUCACAGACAGUGGAGUGGUUUUGCUUCUUCACCUUGUAAUACAGUGGUACCUCUGGUUGCGAACGGGAUCCGUUCCGGAGGCCCGUUCGCAACAUGAAAAGAGCGCAACCCGCAGUGGCACGUCUGCACACACGCAGGUUGCGAUUCGACGCUUCUGCGCAUGCGCGUGACGUCAUUUUGCGUGUCUGCGCAUGCGCGAGCGGCGAAACCCGGAAGUAACUGUUUCCAGUACUUCCGGAUUGCCGCGGGACGUAUCCUGAAAGAACAUAACAUAAAGCGGACGUAACAUGAGGUAUGAUUGUACAGCAAUGCCCAUACUCUGCCUGUUGCUCCCCUCCAGAGAAAAGGAAGGUUGUUGGCGUUUUUUCUCCCGUGAGCCAACAGGUGGCUCAGAUUUGAGACCGCCUGUGCCUUGCAAAAAAAGAAGAUGCUGCCACUACCAUACACAAUGCUGGUGCUUUUCACUUGCUGCUUUAUGAACUAUUGUUAGUGCGGGGAGGAGAAGGGACAAACACGAAGGCAGCAAGCGAAAGUUCAAGGAAUGUGUGCCAGUGAUGGGAUGUUUUUUCCCCUAACUGCUUGUCUCUGGGUGAAAAGAGAUCAGCAACAGGAAGUGUAGAUACAAUGCCUCAUUGCAUAGCUGAAGUGUGAACUGUUUAAGCAGAAGAAACUAAAAAGAGAGAGAGAGAUGUUUUAUGGGUGUUUUAUGUUUUAUGGAUACAAAGACUGAACAGUUCCUGCUAAAUCUACAGAGAGAUGGUUCUGUAUAUUCGUGGAUGGUCUCUAAUUUGAAUAUCAAAUUGCAGAUGAAAAUAAUCAAGAGUUUGAGUUCAGGGUGCAUGACGUUUAUGUCUCCCCCACCUCAAUUUUACCAUCUCAGCACCUCUGACCAGUUGGUUAAGCUGAAAGAUGGUGACUUUCCCCAGCAUCACCCAAUGAGCUUUGUGGAUGUAUGUCUAUCUAAACUUGUAUCUUCCUGGUCUGACUCUCUGCUACGUGACCCUGGCACUCUUUUCUUUCCCUUGUUCUUCUAAAACAGCCUACUGCCAACUUGGUGCCCAGAAAUUUUGAAGUACAGGUCUGUUUUAAUGAAUAGAAAGCAUGGCCUCUGGCUUCUAUUGGGUCCACAGUGUGCACCUGUAGGGACUGUCUGGGGCUUAUGGAAGUCGUAAUCCAAAACUUCUGGAGGGCACCUGGUUGGGGAAGGGUGUUACAAAACUACUUUCUCAUGUGGGAAGCAGUUUGUGUUUCUCGUUACUGGAAUCAAUUAUAUAUUUAAUUCAGAUGCCCUCUGUGUGGGCCACAUGGUUGGCAGUUGGUGAGAGGCGAGUUGUUUUUAGUUCUUUAUAUUUUGAAAUGUUGCUACAAUAGGGACCUAGGGGUCAUCUUGUUACAUCCUUGGAUUGUGUUAAGACAAAUAAGUUUCCUAUCCAUGGGAAGGAGGUGAAACGCUCCUCCUUUUCCCCUUGCUCCCCAAAUAAAACUUCCUUUCAAUGUUAUUGCAACCUACAGUUUCAAUUCCAAAGCAAUUUCCUUGAAACCCUCCCUGCCCCCCUGUGCUCUUCUUGAUUUUACCUCCUGAAGACUGUGGUUGUUAUUUUCCUUCCUGUGCUGGAUUUCUGCAGUCUAGAGGAGUCCUGAAGAAAAGGACUAUUUAAGCCGGCUAGAUAAUUGCAGCAAAAGUUAACGCAUCUCUUCAAGCAAUCUUUUCAGCAAUCGCUGUGCUUCCUUCCUUCUCUGCAGCCUUUAAGUUUUGCCAGUAAAAUUUUUUUAAAAAUCUUCAUUUAUUGCAUCUACGUAAUAUCGUUCCUUUUUCCCCAUUUCCCUUCAGACACGCUGAAAGUCAGCAGAAGCACAUGGCAGAGAAGAUGCCAGCAAAAUAA